UAACAAGUGUGUGUGCGUGUCUGUCAAGUUACAAGCCCUGCCUUUACAUAAUACUGGUAGUACAGGUUGGCUCUUGCUGUCAGAGAGCUGCCAGGUGCUGUCUGUUGUUAGUGUGGAAGCGAGGCUGUGGCUGUGGUGCCUGUUUAGAUACUCACUCUUUUUGAGAGGGCACAAGGUGUACAUGUAAGGUUUGGCAGAUACUGACCUCAAAGGUAAGGCCAUGUCUCUUUCUGACUUUUGCCGGUUGUCAUGUUAUGAUAAAUUGAGAGACUAAUACUCCUUAUUAUUUUAGUGAUGUUGGGAAAUGCAGUGCUGUCCUGUAAUGUAUCCUUUUUCAGCAAGGCUCAAUCCAAGUGUUACCCAAGGAACUGACCUUUUUCCCUUCAUAUUUCUGAAAAAUUAUACUUGGAAACUAAGUUAACAUCCAGUGCUGUGAUCUGAGGCACCCUGUUUAUAACAUUUAUAACGGUUAAUACUUUUAUUUGCAUUGCUUUUGUUGUCCGCAUACAUUGAUAAAGACAUGGCUAAAGAAAUUCAAGCUUUGACCACAUAACCAUACAUCAAAUGAUAAGAGAGUCAUCCUUAAUUUUACUUACCACAGUUAUGUAUGCCAAGAAAGCAGAAUCUCGCUGGAAUGUGAUUAACAUUUGCAAUCAGUGGAAGGGUCGUUCCACCAAUUCGGUGCCUUUUUGAGAAGUGUAACUUGAUCUCAAAAAACUUUAGAUUUCCCAUCUCAAGAGAUUAAAUAAAAAAUGACUAUAGUAAGUGCCUAUUAAGUGCCAAAUAAAGUAACAGGUUUGACUGUAACAGGGUUGAAUAUUUCUUCUUAAAUCAGAAACAAAUCCCCUUGUGACAGGGGGAAUGGAAGCUUGUUGUGUGCAAUAGGGAGUGGCAAUUGAAUGUAAUCUGAAAUGGAAAAAGAAAUUGUUAAAACAUUUCUAGCCUAUCUAUGGGUAACAGGGUUGACGUGUUAUGCUCGACCAGCUCAUAUUCCCACCACAAAACAGACAAUUGCCAGAAAUAGUAGAACCAGCUCAUCUGCUUUUACUCUAUGAUUUGACUAUAAGAUGUUCAAUGUUUCCUUUGAAAUAAAUAUUUAAAAAGGAAUAGUUUCACCAUAUUAAAACAAGAGUUCAGUUCACGUAACACGGUUGACCUUAAAAUGAGACAGAUGUAUAUGAAUCACUAAUAACAUUAAAUGAAUAAUGAUCUUCAGAAAUUAUUUAGUCAAAGCAACAAAAUAAUUAGGGCUUUACAAUGAUGUUGAAACUUGGAGAAAUGUUGGGAUUAAGUGGAUUCAAAUUUUGCUAGAAGUGACACAGGGUUGACGAAGGGACAUGUCAAAAUACUGAAUUUUGGCACUUUAGCAAUCCUUUAUUCAGGUAAAAAAAAUCAGAUUUAUUGAAUUAUCCAUGUGGUCUAUAUUAAAGGGCUUUUAAAAUUCAAUAUUGGUGCACAAUUUCUACUUAAAAUAUCAAAGGUACGCAAAGGGAACUCUUUUCGUGGAACGACACGGAAAUAUGUAGCCUACAUCAAAUAUACUAAUUAUAAUGGAACGUCGUAGCUUUCAAGUUUAUAGUAUGUUUGACUUUGUUUGAGCAAUACUUUAAUUCAUGAAAUAUUUCGUAAAAGGAAAAUAGAGAACCUGAAAGGUAAAAAAAGUAUUUUACAGUAAGUCACAUACACACACAGACAAGUGUGCCCACACACACACUCACUGUCACUAUGGCAGGUUUUUUAUGAGGGGUACCACUUUACCUGAUUCGGUCAACCCAACUAAAUCUCUCUAAAAUUAAUAACAGCAGGAUUACAGUCGAUGUCCACAAAUCUAAGUAGCAUAACAAUGUAAUUGCAUAAAAAUCUGUGACUUUAGAGACUUCUGGGGUUUUGCAUGGGAUGCGUCUCAAUCUACUACAUCCGCCAGUGUUGGCCUUCCAUAUCAGCUGUGGAAGGUGGCAGAGCUACAGUGGUGUUUGUAUAGCCAGGAGACAUCCUGAAAACCGAUCUUCUCAGAAAAACCUCUGUAAUGUCUGAACUAAUAUGACCCCACUAUGGAAAGCUGAGACACUCACAAACACGGUCGUGUUGGCUGUUUUACUCUACUACGUCCACAAGCUUCACAGAACUCGUCUGAAGGUCACCGGUGACAGUAAGGUAAAAAUGAAUAGAAAUGAAUAGGGCAUUUCCACGUCAAGAGCUUUCUACAGUAUAUCUCUUAGAUAUAGGAAACAUACGUCAAAACAUGAACUAUCUGUUUUGCCAUGUAUGAUUGUGUUCUUCAAUGCGUUUCUGUGGGCUAAUACCAGUAAGGCCAAAUUCAAUGUUUCAUCAAAUAUAUACAUUACCUUCAGAAAGUAUUGAUCCCCCUUGACUUAUUCCAUAUUUUGAUGUGUUACAGCCUGAAUUCCACAUUUAUUACAUCGAUUCUCUUUCUCACCCAUCUACACACAAUAUCCCAUAAUGACAAAGUGAAAACAUGUUUUUUUUUUUUUUGCACAUUUAUUUAAAAUGAAAUACAGAAAUAUCUCAUCCAUGUUGAUUCUGUCAAUGCCUGUGUAGACAGCGAUUGUAUUUGACAGAAUGAGAAAGUGUCUAUGUGGGUGUGUUUGUGCCUACGUGUGUAUGUUCCUCACCCAUGUUGGAGUGAAUUCAUGCUCCUGGUAAAUUCCACUGUAACCACUAUAUGUAUAGCAGGUGUACAACCCUAAUUGCACCUGCCUUUCAAUACUGUUGUUUACAUGUUAUGCAGUAUCUCCAUGUCCUUUCUGAUUUUGAUUAUACAUAGUUGUGCAGUUGCUUGUCUUCUAAAUUCCUUUUAGGUUUUUGAACUAGUUAUUUAAUGUCAGUCUAUCUGGUUUGUUUGGAUGUUUGUCCUGCUGUAUCAUUGUGCUAUUGUGUAAUUGCUGUGCUGCCCUUUUAGUGUACUGGAAGGUAGAUAUAUGCAAAGCCUAGUAAAUAUAAAAAAAACGCCAUAGGCAAGAAACAAGUUCGGAGGGGAAAUACAUCAAAACAAAGGGAAGGGCAACUGUGUUACGUCACACCGGGUUUUUGUUGUUGUUGGAAAGGCAUCAAACAGGAAUUUUAAUGAUUAAGAUUUGUUUCACUGCUUGUUUCAAAGGCUAUGUUAAGUUAACAAGCAGAAUGUCAUAGGUCAGAAGUGACCCCGAAAACACCUGGGUAGUCUCUCUGAGUACAGUCUUUGAAAAAAGGGUUCUAACUAGAACCAUAGAGGGUUCUUCAGCUUGUCCCCAGAGGAGAAUCCUAUAUAGUUCUAGUUAAAACCCUCUGGAAAGGGUUCAGGGGUCAGUUAAAAAGCUUCUUCAGAUGAAAAGGGUUCAUGGUAGAACCCUCGUGUGACCCUUUCUUCCAAAAAGGGUUUCUUCUUUGGAUGAAAGGGUUAUAGGUAGGUUUGUUUGUACAUGGAUAGAGUCUAUGCCAUGGAUUUCAAACAUACAAAUCCAUCCCCCCUCCCAAAAACAACUAGGAAGAGGCUGUACGGACACGCCUGGUGCCCAAAUUUUAUGACGUAGGUUGCACAGCUGAGAGUCGAGUUGAGACUAAUGACUGUUUUGUCAGUGGUCCUGAUGAACCCCUCCCAGCUACACUAUAUGGCCAAAAGUAUGUGGACUGUGGCUACCAGCCCCAGUGCAUAGUGACAAGUGUAAAGUUUGGUGGAGGAGGAAUAAUGGUCUGGGGCUGUUUUUCAUGGUUCGGGCUAGGCCCCUUACUUCCAGUGAAGGGAAAUCUUAACGCGACAGCAUAAAAUUACAUUCUAGACGAUUCUGUCCUUCCAACUUUGUGGCAACAGUUUGGCGAAGGCCCUUUCCUGUUUCAGCAUGACAAUGCCCCCGUGCAGAACGCGAGGUCCAUACAGAAAUGGUUUGUCGAGAUCGGUGUGGAAGAUCUUGACUGGCCUACACAGAGCCCUGACCUCAACCCCAUCGAACAACUUUGGGAUGAAUUGGGAAUGCCGACUGUGAGCCAGGCCUAAUUGCCCAACAUCAGUGCCCGACCUCACUAAUGCUCUUGUAGCUGAAUGGAAGCAUGUCCCCGCAGCAAUGUAGUGGAAAGCCUUCCCAGAAGAGUGGAGGCUGUUAUAGCAGCAAAGGGGGAACCAACUCCAUAUUAAUGGCCAUGAUUUUGGAAUGAGAUGUUUGACGAGCAGGUGUCCACAUACUUUUGGUCAUGUAGUGUAUUUUUUUAAAUGGUAUUGAAAAUCAUACCGUUGGUAUUUCUAAACACCCAGUAUACAGUAUACCGCCCAAGCCUAACUGUGUAACAAAGCCAUAGCUCACACUGUGCUAAAAGCACUGUGCCAAAAACAAUGCAGUGAGUGCAAUGUAUGUCCUUCUCUAACAACAAUAUCGACCCCUCAAGCCAGUGCAGUACACAACUACAAAAGAUGAGGCUUGAUGAAAGCAGAUGUCAUCCACUGCUCCCCUCUCUUCAAUGGAGCUAAGACCCAUUGCAUUAUAAUCAUUCAAAUUGUGUGGGUGUAAAUGGAUGUCGUCGUGCACAUGUUUAGUGAAGGGAGGCAUGGGGUGGUAGUGCAGGGUGAGGAGGGUAUGGACAGAGAGGCAUGCCUGUACUUCCUCUCCUCCUAUUCUUUAAUGCUCUGUGAAUAGUCCUGUGGCCGUGGCUUUGUCCAAGUCAUUGUCGGGCGGCUUAGAGAGCCUCUUUGCCAAGUGAGAGGCUUUGCCGACAUAUGUCACUUCAGUGAAUCUCCCGUAGCUCCUUUAGCCGCUUGAGUGGAAGGGCGGGUGAGAGGCAUUCACUGGGCGAAAAAUAAGCAACGUGAAGGGUGAGCUGGAAUGCUCACUGUCUGUUCCUGUCCGGUGUGCCUGAACUUGCACAGCACAGAUUUCUGAGGCUUUUAAAUGGACUUUCAGUGCAGCUGAUUUGCUCACAGCCUAUAGGCAUCCACAGUUGAAAAAUGACACAAAUGCCAGUGAGUAUACUCUAUUUUUCAUGCCAUUUACUUUAUGUUGUUGUUCUUUGGAAAUACGUUUUUUUUAAUGAUUAUAGUAUGUUUUGAAUUUCAAGUCAGUAAGUAAUGAGGUAUAAUACAAUGUGUGUUUUGAGUUGCUGUGGUAAAGGGAUUAGCAGUGUGGUGGACCCACACUCAUUCCUCGGCCGACUAUUGGUCAUGUAAACACAAUCCCUGGGGAUUUUAGGGUUCAUUAUCCUGUCGUUGUCUGGUAAUAGAUCCCUCUGCUUCCAAACAAAUGUUGGGAGCAUGUUUCCUGUUUAUAUCCCAAAGCCAUGCGUUUUUUCAAUACUGCUAGAAUGGACUAUAUCACAUUAAUGAAUUCAUUGAUGUUUUAUUUCAUCCAAAUUUGGCUAUUUGAGUAAAUGUAAACUGGGAGGUUAUUGCAUGAUCUGCCAUGCACAUACUGUACCGUGAGGAAGCCCAAUAAUUUGCAUAAUCCAAAAGGUUAUUUACGUAUAUGAAACAGAGGCUUUGUUUAGCUUGAAUGAGUUACAUCCUUGGUAAGGUCAGGUAUGAUGUUGAUUCUUUGUUGUCAGGGUCAACUAAAUCUGGAUAAAGGGUCAAAUUCUGUCACUUUAAGCAAGGCUGCCCGCAUCUUAUGGACUCUUAACUGUUUUACUUUUUUUUUUCUUUCUGCGAUUAUAAACUAAUCACAGGUUUUCAGUAUGUACAGAAAUAUUGGAGUCUUUUUGUGUGUGUGUUUUUGUUGUUGUUUUGUUAUGUUUUUAUGUGGUACAUCGUGCGACUGUUUUACCAUACCGUAGUUGCUGUAACAUAGAUUAGGUUUAUGUCUGUCGCAAAAAGGCAACCAACUAUUCAAUUCCAAUUUAAAUUCAAUUCACAAAUUGAAAACUAAGCCUCAAUGAGAACAUUGGGCAAUUUCAAAUCUGUUACUUGACUCUAAUUGUUGAAUUGGACUAAUCCUAGCCCUUGUGUACAGUAAUUGACAUAUUAACCUGCAUUAACCCAUAUUACUAACUAGGACCAACCGGCAAUGGCACACUCCAUUGUGGGAGGUUGGCAUGAGAUACAUAGUUGUCCUGCUUUCGUGACUGAGGGAUUAGUUUGUUGAGUGAGCCCUUUGGCAAUGCCACUGUGGCUGGGCUGGUUCAUUCGGAGAUCUGUAACCCACAGCACCCACAGGCUUGCUACAAUAAACAAACGUAAGCCUACCCUCUCUAGCAAUCAUCCAUGGCAGUAUCUUAUAUUAUGUACCAAUAAGGUUUACUGUAAGCAUGCCAUUUGAUGCCACCAUCCCAGUUUUACAAUCAGGGGUAAUCUCAAACAACUGGAAUGUUUUACAACAAUGAUGUACCAAUGAAUUACACCCGUCGAGAGAGGAUGUGCGAUACAGGACAUUACCGUUAUUCAGAAGAGUGUUUAACUGUCUUUCAAUACUUGGAUUGGAGUAAGGAAAGACAUGGUGAUUGCCUAGCCUGGUUUUAUUCAGUAUUUGCUUGGGCAAUGGUGCUGCCAGUUGUAUUUAUAUUAUUUUAGACUGUCUGAGGGGUAGUCUAUCAAACUGUACCCAAUGCAUUUUAUAUAUGAUUGUACUAGUACAUAUAGGCAAUUGAACUGCUCUGCUUCUGUUUAUUUACUGAUUGUAUAGGCAAAGCAAAUUGCCCCUUGGGCAAUUCAAGAUUAACUUUUCUCCAAUCAAAGUCAGUAUAGGGAUGCUGUUUAUGUUGCCGAAACGGUCCAUGACUCUGUGAUGCAGUACACACUUUUAGUUUUUGUUGUCCUAGGCUACCUGGCAAAAAUGCUUGCACGCUAGUCUAACUUACUUUCAUGGCCAACGAUGCGCCAGGCCAGCUAGUUAACAUUAACAUACUACAUUAGCUACAUGUUGAACUUCCAUCCUCUCAGUCCAGGGGCACAAUGUAGUAAUUUAUGGUUGGAUCAGAAUUGCCGUUGUAAUCAUUGGCCAGUACGGAGAAUUAAGUAAAACCACAAGUCCAAAUCCCUAUUUCCAUCCAUGGCUAAUUUAGGAAAGGGAGGAUUUUAGCUAGUUAGCCACCGGAGGACCACGGCAAAAAGAGAUGUAACAAUUUAAGUUCUUCUUUUUGGUGCGCCAGGACCAUUCACAGUUGAGCUCGCUCAGUUUAGCUCAACGCUGAUUGGCUAUUAUUAUUAUUUUUUAUUAUCAACGGAGACCAAAUGCUGGCUGGCUUCCCUUGCAUUCAAUGCUAUGGGCGGAAACAAUGUCAUACUCAUUUUGACCAGACAGCAUCAGACAUUUGGGAUACACAUACUGAAAAAGAGGGGCGCUGUUUCGCUCGCUCGGAUGCUUUCUCCAGUGAGAUACAUUCAGCCUCUUGCGAAUUGAAGAAAAAUUAUGAAACACAGAGAGAUGAAAUAUACAUUCUUUUAUAUGCUUUUUGGGGUAGCCUGGCUUCCCUUGGCAUCCAUGAGUACACACCACUGGGUUACUGACAGUUUUUUUUUAUUUCCCUGUGUCUCUGCACAUCUAGGUCCUCUCCCUCCUCCAAGUGUUGACAGAUAUCAGCUGAUCUUGUGGGCCAAAGCCGUGGUGCUGUCAGUAGUGUCGCCUGCUCUCCUGGACAGUCUCUGCUCAACAGCGGUGGGGCGAUGAGGUCGCUGUGUAGCUUGGGCCUUGCUUUCCUCUUGGCCUUGACCUCCAGGGCCAGAGGCCUCGAUAUCCCCCUGGAAGGUAUAGUGCAGUAUGGGCAACCUACACUGAGUGUACACAUUAAGCACACAUUCCUAAUAUUGAGUUGUAACCCCCCUUUUGCUCUCAGAACAGACUCAAUUAGUCUGGGCAUGGACUCUACAAGGUGUCAAAGGUGUUCCACAGGAAUGCACACGGGAAACAGCGUUGCAGUUCUUGACACAAAGCUAGAAUGCCAAUUUCUCAAUAUGAAUCUUCCAACAAGCACAAGUUAUACAUUUCCUGCUGUACAUUGCACACAACAUGACCAAAUCCUGAUAAUGGUAGUCAAGUUGUUAAAGUGUUUGUUUGAUGAAACCAAUAUGGUGGGAUGAAUGUAGUUUUGUAUCUGCAAUGUAUCUUUUCAUCCCGCAGUGGAGCAGCUACCGACCAUAACAGUGCAGACCCCUGGCCCUGUCAUUGCCUUCCCCUUUGAAGACAGUUUUUCCAUGAGAUGUGAAGCCAAAGGCAACCCACAACCAGUGUGAGUGAGAUGACUGUGAUUCGUCCUAGGAUCUCCCUGUUUUUUGCCCUUAUGCUUAUUGUUGCAUCUCUAGCUAUCAUAUCUGUAACCAAGCAUUACAAAAUGCUUAAUUGCCCCAACAGAUACAGAUGGACAAAAGAUGGCCAGGCCAUAGAACCCCUCUUUGACUUGGGGGUCAAAAAAGAGAGAAACAAUGGGAGUUUUGUGAUUCAUAGCGGGCACCUUGCGCAGUUCCAGGGGAAGUAUCAGUGCUACGCUUCAAACAAUCUGGGAACAGCAGUAUCGGAGGAAAUUGAACUCAUUGUACCAAGUGAGUGCCACUCUCAUGUUGUAAGAAACUGGCAUAGUGAACAGUUUUGCAUCUUACAGCAAGACUGUGUGUGUUACAUUUUGUAUCCCAUCUAAAGGUGUUGACAUUAGUAAAACAUAUUUCAUACAUGCCUAACCAUUGCACAGGUACCCCAAAGUUCCCCAAAGAGAAGAUUGCCCCAAUCGUUGUUAAAGAGGGCCAGCCUGUGAUUCUGGAAUGCAACCCACCACAGGGGAUCCCUCCUCGACAGAUCUACUGGAUGACUAUUGGUGAGAAAAUAGACCACUAGUUCAAUCUUUACAGCACCAUCCAACUGAAAAUAGUUUAGAACGGAAUAUGUCACUUUAUACACAUUUCAAUUGAAAUAGAAUACUGUAACACUUUACAUUAGGAUGCUCCUAUACCUUUGUUGUAAUAUUGUUAUUACUCAAGUAACAAAAUAUUAUUGACAUGUUCUUAUGUAGUAAUUCAGUAGUUAUUUUAAAUUUGCAUAGUAAUGGCUUUUUUGUUAUUACACAAGUAGAAUUAGGGCCGCUCAACGUAGUUCCCUUUAAAUUUGGACAUUCAGUGUCACCUUUUUCUCAACAAAGCCAAAAGAAGGUCUAUGAUCUAAUGACAUCACAGCACUGUCUGAAGUAGUUUCUCAAUGGGGAUAAGGCCAUAUGCUUAGGCCCAUCUAGCCAAAUCACACAUUUUUAAAUUCGGCAAGGAGCUCAAAUAGAAGUGCAUGUUUUUUAGAGCUGAGAGGAGCUUCUCAUAAAGUGGUCCAAAUAAAAAUAAGAAAUUAAAUAAUAAUUCAAUUAAACUAGAAAAGGAAAUUUCCUGAAGAAAAUCUAAACUGAGUCAGUCUGUACCAGAGCUAGUUAAUGCAGACCAGCUAUUUUUGAACUUUUCCUGUUGAAAACAAUAUCCCACGUAUAAAUAAAGUAAAAAUAUGUUUUCAGCAAAUAGUGUUUUUUAGACACAAGUGCAAACCUUAUGGAGUAGGCCAUUCAAGGAGUUGGUCUGAUGGUGCCCUCUGAUGUCAUCGGCCUCCCCCAUUGCUUGAAUUUUUCCCAUUCAAGUCUAUGUCUAAAACUGUGAAUGGACAGACCAACCAAUUAAACCCUACUUCUAUAACCCCACUCUUACCUAAUAGCUAUCCAAACAAAUACUCUCCCUACAUUGCUCUAUAAAGGGAAAAGCUUGGGGAAAUUGUUUUUAAUGGCUGCCAUAUUUAAAGCCACAGUAUGGUUAGUCAGGUCAUGUGACCCUAGUUCUUCCUUUACACUUCCAAUAAGAAACACACAUUUUCGUCUUGUUCAAUAUGAAACCCAAAUUGUCGCUUUCUGUUGCAAAACAUUUUCCAUUGUGUGUCCUAAUGAACACAACCCAUUGUCUCCUCCAGGUCUCCAACAUAUUGAACAGGAUGAGAGGGUGUCCAUGGGCCAAGACGGCAACCUCUACUUCUCCAAUGCCCUGGAGAAGGAUAGCCGGAGAGACUACUGCUGCUUCGCCGCAUUCUCCGCCAUACGCACCAUCGUCCAGAAGACAGCCAUGUCGGUGGUCGUCAAGAGCUGUAGGUUGACAGUGUGAUGCCUUACAUCAAUGUUUCUCAACCUGUUUUAUACUAGGACAGGCAAGCCAUAGUCCUUCCUCUAAACCUGGGUCGCCAACCCAACAUCUUAAACAUUAGACCAAGAGGACAUCCUCAUAUUCUAAGUGCAACAUUAUGGCCCGCUACACUUACAUUACAAGUAGCACUUGUAAAAACGGAUUAAACAGGUAUCUGCAAGACCGGUCAGCAACAUAUUACUUCCAGAUUGAGAACCCAGCCCUACAUGUUGAGUAGGAGUUGAAAGGUCAUGUUCAGGACACUAGAUGCAGUGAUGAUGUUGUAAGGAGAGGGAGGAGGGCUGUCCCCACACACCUCAAAGACAAUUGUCGGAUUCUAAAGUCUAUCAACAUUAUAUAUGGUUUUAUUUUAAGUAUAAAGUGCAAAGUGUGCAAGUGCAAAAAGUGCAGGCAUGUACUUCAGAUCAGAGCAAUAGACAGAGCUCCAUUGGAUCAAGGUGAGUUUUCAUAUUUUGUUUACAUUUCAGUAAAACCUGCUGGUGAGCUGGAUGACAGUGACAGCAGUGGUGAGUUCCUUUAACAUUAUAUUUGACUUGAACCUGAAUGAUAAUAUCCCAUUACAGUUCAUAGUAUUUGACUGAUUAAAUCCUCUGACUUAUUUAUAGGAAAAGUCAAUGCAUGUUUAGCAUGCACACAUUGAAUGAGAUUAAUUUAUGCAAUUUUACCUGGGUGUGUUUUUUAUUAACAAAAACACUAAAAAAGAUGCUAGGAGUGUGUACCAAAAGACUCAUGUGUGGACAAACACCUACUGCAGUUGCUCCUAGGUUUCAGAAAUAGACCUAAUGUACAUCUUAUGCCUGUCCUUUUCUGCCAGUGGACGGCUAUGCCAUUCCAGAGAGAAAGCCGAGCCUUCUGGUACCCUCUGGUGGUCAGUCAGAGGUUUGGCUGGUGAAAGGAGAGGAGCUGGUGCUAGAGUGUAUAGCAGAGGGAUUGUAAGUGGAGUCACAUCAUUUCUCAAUUUAGUAUGAAAUAAUAUAUAUUCAUAACUUCAGUGACUGGAUCUGCUUAGAACAUGUUGUAUUAUUACAUUUUUAUAGAAUAAUAUGUGUAUCAUUUUUCACAUCUCGUUUUCUCUCAUCUUGUUACUCAGUCCAACUCCUGUGAUCGAAUGGAAAUUAUUUGGAGAGAAGCUGCCGAAACGGGCAAAUAUAAAAAACUACGGGAAAUGUUUAACCAUAAAUAACAUUGAAGAGGAGGAUGAUGGGAAGUACAUGUGUACGGCGAGGAACUCUGUCGGACAAACGGUCCACUACUUCAGCGUCAUGGUGGAGGGUGAGUAGACUGAGUCAGGUUAUACUUUCAGUGUGUCCCCUGCAAAAAAGUUUGUUGUCCCCCCUACAAUGUCCAAGUGAAGCCUACACCCUUCGUUAUACAGUGUAUGUUUGACAGCUUGGUUUUUUAGACCUCAGUUUUGAAGAGUUUUUGUAGACCUCUACAAUCUCUUGUGGCGUUGCGUUCACCUACAGCAGCUACAUUGUCAAAGGAAAACAUUGAUUUCUUAUUAGAGCGUAAAGCAUUCUAGAAGAGGUCAGGUAUCGUCUUUACAAUGAUAGACACAUCUCUAGGCGGCCAUCUUUGUUAAAUACAAAGGAUUAUGGUUGCCAUUACAUAGGUUGUGUUCCCCUGCUCAGACGUUGCAUGCAUCAACCAAUGGUUGCAUGCAACAUCAUCGACUGUGCUGCCAGCCACCAGAUUGCUAUAAAAUAUGAUGUGGUUAGCUGAUACGUAAAAUACCUAUCCAGGCGUUGUAAGAUCUGGCAUGGGUCAGCAACAUCUGAGCAGGGGAACACAACUCUAGACUGACAAAGACUCUCUUUAUGUCUCACAGAGCCACCAAGAUGGCAGCCGGAGCCACCCAAGGGCCAGUUGGCUAUUGUUGGCUCUGACGUGCACAUCAAGUGCUCUGCCUCGGGAAAGCCAUGGCCGGUUAUCUCAUGGAGGAGGAAUGGACAGCCUCUGGACGGUGAGUGAGGUGACCCCUAACAUAUGAACCCUGACCUCUGUCCUUGCCAGUUACUUCAGUGUCCAAUCCACCCACCUCACUUGACUCUAUAGGAUACAAAAAUGGUCUUUGUAGUUUUGUGUAAUGCAAUAGUCAUUCCUCUGUGUUGAAUUUGGUCCAGUUGUUGCUCAGCAUCCUAUAAAUCAAAUCAAAUCAAAUGUUAUUUGUGACAUGCGCCGAAUUCAACAGAUGUAGACUUUAACGUGAAAUGCUUACUUACGAGCCCUUUCCCAACAAUGCAGUUAAAAAGUAAGAAAAUUAACAAAUAGAUCAAAAGAAAAUUGUAACACAAUAAAAUAACACAAUAAAAUAACAAUAACGAGGCAAUAUACAGACCAUAUACAAGGAGUGCCAGUACUAUAGAAUCUGCAUUUGUGUUUGGUUUUGAGCAUUUCUUUCUGGUUCUUUCAGAUGGCCCGUCAUCGAACAGACAAGUGCUUGAUGACACCAUAGUGUUGCACAGGGCCAGGCCUGAGGACAGUGCCGUCUACCAGUGUGAAGUCUCCAACAGACAUGGCACCAUCCUGGCUAAUAUUAACAUCAUGAUCAUAAGUCAGUACUGGACAUUAGCACUUUGUGUGUGUGUGUGUGUGUGUGUAACUAUAGCACAGCCUAUCACAGCCCUGGUUCACCCAGAAACUGAAUUGGGAAGUCUGAUAGGGAGCUUAUGGAUGUCAUAUCCACAUAAAUAUAUUAUUAUACAUUUUUACUGAUGUUGGAUGGAUCUGACAGUGAUUUCUCCAUAAGAUGAACAGUAUAAUGGUGAUUCUUUAUAAAACAAUAGUGUGAGUGUUGGCAUGUGGGAAUGUAUGCAUGUGUGUUUAUUGUACAGUUGCAACCUCUGCUGGCCACAGAACACACACACAACCAGUCCUAUCCGAGAAGCAGAGCAGUAUAGCACAAACAGAUCCUGGACCAGGCUAUGCUUGGACAUUCCAAGCUGACAAUUACUUUUCUCAAACUAGAAAUUCUAUGGCCUAUAAUGGUGAUAAUGCACCACAUUGAACAGCUUACCUAAAACCCUAAAACCACCCAAAUUCUUCCCCAUGAUAGUAUUACCAAGAAACCAAUCACUAACCUGUGCCAUGGUUGAUUGCUUCCUUUAGGCUUUGUUUUGUUGUUAUUGUCCUGUGUUAUGGUUACAGUAAAAUAUACAAGAUAUAGCGGUAAUUGUGUUUUUGCUACCCCCACAGAUCUCCCACCUCGGAUGCUGACUAAGGAUUACCAGCGAUAUUCAGUAGUGCAAGGGAGGGACAUCCUCAUGGACUGCAAAGUAUUCAGCUCCCCUCCAUCCACUGUUUCCUGGUGAGUUGAGCCACCAGCCUAUUUCUCCUCCACUGUUGUUGUUGGUGAACAUCUGUAGUGACUGGUAUAGAAAGCACUGCAAAAGGAUAUCUUCAAUACUUAAUGUAUUUGCCCUGAAAUUUUGACAAUCACUCUUUGGUGUGCUGUUCAUUUGAUUCACUGUGGACAAGGAUUCAGCACCCAUCCAGUUUUGAAGUCAAAUUUGUGAGGGAGCGAUUGUUUUUUGUUUAUUGUUAAUUAUUGUUUAUUAUUUUGGUGGUGAACAAUGCCUGAUUCAUCCUUAAUUCUCUCUCUCCUGCUGUUUUAUAUGUCAUACACCACCCUAUUCUUAAUUUAUCGGAGUUCUGUGACACUUUUCCUUUGUUCAUCUCCUUAUAUUCUGAUUAUCUCUUUCAGUAACAUCACCCCUAAUCUUUCUCUUUUGGUGUGUUUAGAUAGGGAAGACUCUCUUAGACCCAUUGACAUUGACCCAUUCAAAUUUCAUAUAGGACUCAUGAGUUCCAAUGUGAUUUUGUUUCUCCAUUUAUGAACUUGACUAGUCUUUUAACUAGUCUCAUUCUCCAACACCUUAACAAAAGUGCAAACCAACCCUACUGGAAAAUUCACACAAAAUGAAUUCCACUUGCAAUUCUAACAUGUUCCAUGACAUGUUAAAUGAAUAGAUAACCUGUUUCCAAAUUUGUAAUGUAUUUAGGAAAUAAAAUUGCACUUCAAACAAGCUUUUCAGGUGUCUGUGAAAGCAAAGACGGGUGGAAUGCAUUUACAACGUAUUAGAAUUCAAUUUGUGUUACAAUAACAUUUGUUUUUGUGUGAUUAUUGUAUAUCCAACACAGUUUUAACAUGUAUAUGUCCAGUAGGGAAACAGCUUAUCAAAUGGCAACUCUGAAAUGCUUGUCUUCUAGGAACAAGGAUGAAACUACGGAAUCUGUUGAGGGGGAACAAUUCUCAGUUUUUAAGAAUGGAUCACUGCAGAUCAACCAGGCAGGGAAAGAAGACAGUGGGGAAUACAUGUGUUUCGCCACCAAUUCGGAGGGAAAAUCAGCCAUCACAGCCUUGCUAGACGUCAAAGGUAUUUCAACUCCUUGGACAGCAUUUUGAAUGAAUUAUCAUUUGCUUUUUUCAUUUGCACUUUAAAGUGAAUUGGGUUUAGGACAAAUAAUAUGGAUGUUGGCUUUCAUCCGUAUUGCUUUUAUCUAUCUAGUCCUUUCAGAUCAGUGGUGACAGGGAAGGUAGCAGGGAAAUUAUGGUAUUCAUUAUCAUCAGGACAUAGUUCAAUUCAGCCAACCUUGCUAUGUCGAUUACUUGCAAACUGCGCAGGGAAAUUCCAAGAAAAAACAAUGGUUUUCCCAUUUUAUCCUCUCUCUCAUUUCUCUUGUGUGGAAAAUGUCUGUAACUCUCUCUCACCUGACUUACAUAGCUAGCUUGAGACUUCAAGUAUGGCCCGCAAGAUUUUCAAAUAUAACUGAACAUCAGAAGAUUAUAAGAUGUUCUUUUAUUCACCCGGUAAAUGUAUUUGUAUGUUUCAGAUCCCACCCAAAUCGUGGAGCCGCCGCAGAACCUGCUGAUAUUAAGUGGCACCACAGCCCAGCUUACAUGCCAAGCAGAGUAUGACAUAUCUCUUAGGAAGGAGUUUCAAAUAGUCUGGAGCAAGGAUGGGGAACAGAUACCCCCAUUCACAGAACAGUCCAGGUAAGAUACCCUAGUGGGAUUGUUACCCCAUUUUGUAUACAAGUAUUAAUCACUAUACUAUUACCACAGUGUAGGAAGUUGGAUCACCUCACAAAGAUAUACAGAAAUAUUCAUAGAAACCACCUAUUAAGAAUGACAGCGUUACCACUGAUACAAGUGAAUGUAUUAUGAGUCUCUCUUUAUAAAUGUGCUUUUAUUAUUAGAUAUUUUCUGGAUAAUGGAAUGCUACAAAUUAUCAAUGUAAACCAAAGCGACAAGGGAACAUACACAUGUAUCGCCAGAACCAAUCUAGACCAGGACACCGCCUCUGCACUUGUCACAGUACUGGGUAAGCAGCAUCACCGUCAGUUUUAGGAAUGCCAUUGUAAUACGUCUGUAAUGCUGAAGUGCAAAAUUCAGGCCCUGGAGGUCCGCAGUCCAGAUGGUUUUGAUUUAUCUUUUGUACCUACAGUGCUUAAUAAAUUGAUCUUACUGAUUGGCUGGAGAGUGCACCUACCUGGGUUGUGUUCAUUAGGCACCAAACUGAAGAAAAUAGACUGAAAGAGGGAAGGACUACCUGGACAAGAAUUUAUCAUUUUAGUUUUCCUUUGCAAAACAUUUGUAAAAGUUUUCAAUUGCAUGCCCCAAUGAGCAUGUCCCAGGUCAGUCAAGUCAGUCCCUAGUUACUAUAAAAGGCGGUCAAAGACGAAAUGUAGCAGGACUGCGGUCCUCAAAUGACCGGAGCUAUGCACCCCCCAUCAUGAGCUGUGAACCCCCCCCCCCCCCCCCCCCCAUCGUAAUGUGAUUGCAAUGAUUCUGCAAUGUUGCUGUUAUGUUGUUUCAGAUGUCCCUGAUGCGCCAGAGGAUGUGGAGCUGUCUGAACAAAAGAGCUGGAGUGUCCGGUUGGCCUGGGUACCCGGUGACGACCACAACAGCUCUGCCACUGGUAGGCCUGGCUACCACAGUCAGCUUUCUUCACCCUCAAUCGUAUGUCAUAGGGAGUAGGGAUGUCCUCAAAUGUACACCGUACCUGAGGGACUAGAAAGAGAAGAUCAAAUGUGGUCCCAGUUUCAGCAUACUACAAACAUAUGCUGAACAAAAAUAUAAACGCAACAUGGAACAAUUUCAAAGAUUUUACUGAGUUACAGUUCAUAUAAGGAAUCAGUCAAUUGAAAUAAAUUCAUUAGGCCCUAAUCUAUGGAUUUCACAUGACUGGGAAUACAGAUAUGCAUCUGUUGGUCACAGAUACCUUUAAAAAAAGGUAGGGGCGAUACCAGUCAGUAUCUGGUGUGACCACCAUUUGCCUCAUGCAGUGCGACACAUCUCCUUCCAAUAGAGUUGAUCAGGCUGUUGAUUGUGGCCUGUGUUGUCCCACUCCUCUUCAAUGGCUGUGCGAAGUUGCUGGAUAUUGGCUGGAACUGGAACACACUGUCGUACACAUCGAUCCACAGCAUCCCAAACAUGCUCAAUUGGUGACAUGUCUGGUGAGUAUGCAGGCCAUGGAAGAACUGGGAUAUUUUUAAUUUGCAGGAAUUGUGUACAGAUCCUUGCGACAUGGGGCCGUGCAUUAUCAUGCUGAAAUAUGAGGAGAUGGUGGCGGAUGAAUGGCACGACAAUGAGCCUCAGGAUCUCGUCACGGUAAAUUCAAUAGUUUUUGUUGUCCGUAGCUUAUGCAUGCCCAUACCAUAACCCCACCGUCACCAUGGGGCACUCUGUUCACAACGUUGACAUCAGCAAACCGCUUGCCCACAUGACACCAUACACGUGGUCUGCGGUUGUGAGGCCGGUUGGAUGUACUGCCAAAUUCUUAAAAAAACGUUGUUGGAGGCAGCUUAUGGUAGAGAAAUGAACAUUCAAUUAUCUGGCAACAGCUCUGGUGGAUAUUCCUGCAGUCAGCAUGCCAAUUGCACACUCCCUCAAAACUUUAAACAUCUGUGGCAUUGUGUUGUGUGACAAAACUGCACAUUUGAGAGUGGCCUUUUAAUGUCCCCAGCACAAGGUGCACCUGUCUAAUAAUUAUGCUGUUUAAUCAGCUUCUUGAGAAUCUCGUGGAUGGAUUAUAUUGGCAAAGGAGAAAUGCUCACUAACAGGGAUGUAAACAAAUUUGUGCAAACAAUUUGAGAGAAAUUAGCUUUUUGUGUGUAUGUAAAAUGUCAGGGAUCUUUUAUUUCAGUUCAUGAAACAUAGGACCAACACUUUACAUGUUGUGUUUAUAUUUUUGUGUAGUAAAAACAUUAGGAUUGUCAUGUAACACUUGGGGGUGUUCUUCCACAAUAUAUUAUAACCCCUUUCCUGAAACUGUAAUAAGAGAUUGCUAAAAUGUGAAAUAUAUGCGCACAAAAAGUACACUAUUGUGAAGUGGAAACGUCUAGGAGCAACAACGGCUCAGUAUUAUCCCAGUUUACCUAUUUGCUUAUGGUCUUGCCUACGCCUAGCGAACAGUUUUUUAAAUUAUAUGAGAAAAAAAUAUUCAAUUUUAUUCGGAACGGCAAGCCAGACAAAAUUAAACGGGCCUAUUUACAUAAUGAAUAUGAAUUCGGAGGACAGAAAUUAUUAAAUAUUAAAGCAUUAGACCUAUCACUAAAAGCUUCAGUCAUACAAAAGUUAUACUUAAAUCCGAACUGGUUCUCUUGCAUAGUAGUAAGAUUGUCUCACCCAAUGUUCAAGAAUGGCCUUUUCCCCUUUAUUCAGAUUACAACCACUCACUUUCAGUUAUUUGAAAAGGAAAUAAUCUCCCAAAUAUCACUAUUUCUAAAGCAAGCCAUAGAAAGUUGGUUGCAAUUUCAAUUUAAUCCUCCAGAAACGACAGAACAAUUAAUGCAACAAAUAUUGUGGUUAAACUAAAAUAUACUAAUUGACAAAAAACCUUUUUUUUUUGACAAAAUGUUUAAAAAAGGUAUAAUCUUCAUAAAUUAUAUCAUCGGUAGGACUGGUGGAGUUAUGUCGCACAUGCAGCUAACAAAAACAUAUGGAAAUGUUUGCUCUACCCAAAAUUACAACCAAAUAAUUGCAGCCUUACCGCAAAAAUGGAAGAGGAAAGUGGAAGGGGGAGAAAGUAAGGAACUUGUCUGUCGGCCUUGCAUUAAAGAACAUAAUUGGUUAAGCAAAACUGUGAUAAAUAAAAAGGUAUAUCAGUUUCAUUUAAGGACCAAAGGAUUGACAGCCGUCCCAUAUAGAUUGCAAAAUAGUUGGGAAGAGAUUUUUGACGUACCGAUCCCAUGGCAUAGUGUUUAUGAACUGAUAUGCAAAACGACACCGGAUUCAAAACUUAGAAUCUUUAAAUUUAAAUUAUUAUAUAAAAUUCUUGCUACCAAUUGAAUGUUAUUUAUAUGGGGGAUACAAUCUUCCCAGCUCUGCAGAUUUUGCUGCGAAGAGACAGAAUCAUUAGAUCAUUUGUUUUGGUACUGUCCAUUUGUAGCUUGUUUUUGGACAGAGGUCCAGGAAUAGCUAAAGGAUUGCAAUAUUUACCUGGAGCUAACCUUGCAGAUAGCAUUACUGGGUGAUCUGAAAAGUCAUAGUCAAUCGAUCAAUAACAUAAUAAUACUUUUAGCAAAAAUGUUUAUUUUCAAUUCACAAUCUGUAGAAACAAUGAGAAUAGAAAGGUUCAGAACUUUUGUAAGACAUCACAGUACAGUUGAAAUAUAUAUGGCAAAUAGAAAUCCUAUAUGGAUGGUGUUAAGAGAUAGAUGGGAGGUGUUGAAUGGAAUUGAAGGAUGGGACUAAUAACAACUAACAACAAAUAAUAACAAGAUAACUAAUAAUGUAAGCAUACUGUGUCCAUAAUAAGUAUAUAGGUUGUAGGUUGGGAGCUUUUGUGAAAGAGCACAGUUAGAAAGAUAUGUCAUAUAGAAGCAAACCGGAUGGACAUCAUGAAAAUUAUCAGAGAGGUUGAGAGUAGAAUAAGUUCAGGAGAAAAAACAUACAAAAUAUAAUUAUUGUAAGAUUGACUGUGUCCAUAGAAUGUAGAUAGUAAGUAUAAGCUGGAAGUAGAGGUCUAAGCAUUGUUGUUCACUAGUUUACUCCAAGUAGGGAAAGGGUGGCGGGUUUGGAAAGUAAUAAAGGGGAAUAUAUAUUUUUAAAGGAUAUGUAUGUAUGUGUGUAUGUGUGUAUGUGUGUGUGUAUGUGUGUAUAUGUAUAUAUAUAAAUAUAUAUAUAUAUAUAUGUAUAUGUAUGUGUAUGUAUGUAUGUAUGUGUGUGUAUGUAUGUAUGUAUGUAUAUAUAUAUAUAUAUACAGUGGGGAAAAAAAGUAUUUAGUCAGCCACCAAUUGUGCAAGUUCUCCCACUUAAAAAGAUGAGAGAGGCCUGUAAUUUUCAUCAUAGGUACACGUCAACUAUGACAGACAAAUUGAGGAAAAAAAAUACAGAAAAUCACAUUGUAGGAUUUUUAAUGAAUUUAUUUGCAAAUGAUGGUGGAAAAUAAGUAUUUGGUCACCUACAAACAAGCAAGAUUUCUGGCUCUCACAGACCUGUAACUUCUUCUUUAAGAGGCUCCUCUGUCCUCCACUCGUUACCUGUAUUAAUGGCACCUGUUUGAACUUGUUAUCAGUAUAAAAGACACCUGUCCACAACCUCAAACAGUCACACUCCAAACUCCACUAUGGCCAAGACCAAAGAGCUGUCAAAGGACACCAGAAACAAAAUUGUAGACCUGCACCAGGCUGGGAAGACUGAAUCUGCAAUAGGUAAGCAGCUUGGUUUGAAUAAAUCAACUGUGGGAGCAAUUAUUAGGAAAUGGAAGACAUACAAGACCACUGAUAAUCUCCCUCGAUCUGGGGCUCCACGCAAGAUCUCACCCCGUGGGGUCAAAAUGAUCACAAGAACGGUGAGCAAAAAUCCCAGAACCACACGGGGGGACCUAGUGAAUGACCUGCAGAGAGCUGGGACCAAAGUAACAAAGCCUACCAUCAGUAACACACUACGCCGCCAGGGACUCAAAUCAUGCAGUGCAAGAUGUGUCCACCUGCUUAAGCCAGUACAUGUCCAGGACCAUCUGAAGUUUGCUAGAGUGCAUUUGGAUGAUCCAGAAGAGGAUUGGGAGAAUGUCAUAUGGUCAGAUGAAACCAAAAUAUAACUUUUUGGUAAAAACUCAACUCGUCGUGUUUGGAGGACAAAGAAUGCUGAGUUGCAUCCAAAGAACACCAUACCUACUGUGAAGCAUGGGGGUGGAAACAUCAUGCUUUGGGGCUGUUUUUCUGCAAAGGGACCAGGACGACUGAUCCGUGUAAAGGAAAGAAUGAAUGGGGCCAUGUAUCAUGAGAUUUUGAGUGAAAACCUCCUUCCAUCAGCAAGGGCAUUGAAGAUGAAACGUGGCUGGGUCUUUCAGCAUGACAAUGAUCCCAAACACACCGCCUGGGCAACGAAGGAGUGGCUUCGUAAUAAGCAUUUCAAGGUCCUGGAGUGGCCUAGCCAGUCUCCACAUCUCAACCCCAUAGAAAAUCUUUGGAGGGAGUUGAAAGUCCGUGUUGCCCAGCGACAGCCCCAAAACAUCACUGCUCUAGAGGAGAUCUGCAUGGAGGAAUGGACCAAAAUACCAGCAACAGUGUGUGAAAGCCUUGUGAACACUUACAGAAAACGUUUGACCUGUGUCAUUGCCAACAAAGGGUAUAUAACAAAGUAUUGAGAAACUUUUGUUAUUGACCAAAUACUUAUUUUCCACCAUAAUUUGCAAAUAAAUUCAUUAAAAAUCCUACAAUGUGAUGUUCAGGAUUUUUUUUUCUCAUUUUGUCUGUCAUAGUUGACGUGUACCUAUGAUGAAAAUUACAGGCCUCUCUCAUCUUUUUAAGUGGUAGAACUUGCACAAUUGGUGGCUGACUAAAUACUUUUUUUCCCCCACUGUAUAUAUAUAUAUAUAUAUAUAUAUAUAUAUAUAUAUAUAUAUAUAUAUAUAUAUAUAUAAACAUGGGGGAUUGGAAGUGAUGCAGACAAUUACAUUGAUGGAAGUUACAAUCUUUCUGCAAUAUUAAGCUGAUCUACCCCCCCAAAUAAUUAUUAUUAUUUUUAUUUAUUUUUAUGUUAAAAAACAACGGCUCAGCCGCGAAGUGGUAGGCCACACAAGCUCACAGAAUGGGAGUAUAAAACUUGUCUGUCCUCGGUUGCAACACUCACUACCAAGUUCCAAACUGCCUCUGGAAGCAACGUCAGCACAAUAACUGUUCGUCGGGAGCUUCUUGAACUGGGUUUCCAUUGCCGAGCAGCCGCACACAAGCCUAAGAUCACCAUGCGCAAUGCCAAGCAUCAGCUGGAGUGGUGUAAAGCUUGCCGCCAUUUUACUCUGGAGCAGUGGAAACGCAUUCUCUGGAGUGAUGAAUCACACUUCACCAUCUGGCAGUCUGAUGGCAAAUCUGGGUUUGGUGGAUGCCAGGAGAACUUUACCUGCCCGAAUGCAUAGUGCCAACUGUAAAGUUUGGUGUUGGAAGAAUAAUGGUCCGGGCUGUUUUUCAUGGUUUAGGCUCCUUCGUUCCAGUGAAGGGAAAUCAUAAUGCUACAGCAUACAAUGACGUUCUAGACAAUUCUGUGCUUCCAGAUUUGUGGCAACAGUUUGGGGAAGACGCUUUACUCUUUCAGCAUGACAAUGCCCUCGUGCACAAAGCGAGGUCCAUACAGAAAAGGUUUGUCGAGAUCUGUGUGAAAUAACUUGACUGGCCUGCACAGAGCCCUGACCUCAACCCCAUCUAACACUUUUGGGAUGAAUUGGAACGCCGACUGCGAGCCAGGCCUAAUUGCCCAACAUCAGUGCCCAACCUCACUAAUGCUCUUGUGGCUGAAUGGAAGCAAGUCCCCGCAGCAAUGUUCCAACAUCUAGUGGACAGCCUUCCCAGAAGAGUGGAGGCUGUUAUAGCAGCAAAAGGGGGACCAACUCCAUAUUAAUGGCCAUGAUUUUGGAAUGAGAUGUUCAACAAGCAUACUUUUGGUCAUAUAGUGUAUUUCGAUAUUUCCUAAUAUAGACAUACAAUGUAGUACUUUUUCAGUACAAAGUAUAUUUAUUUCUGAAUGGCUGAUUUAUGAAUUUGUAUACUGUACGAGCACAGAGUUCAUAGUGGAGUACGAGGAGAGCCAGUGGGAUCCUGGGACCUGGCGAGAACUCAAGCGAGUCCCUGGCAACCAGGCCACAGCGGUGUUGACAUUACACGGCCACCUGAACUACCAGUUUAGAGUGUAUGCAGUUAACGCCAUUGGGACAGGGCCCCCAAGCAAGCCCACAGACCGAUACAAAACCCCUUCUGCAGGUUUGACUUUCUCUGUAACCUGUUAUAAUCAUCUUAUUAUACGUUUAUAACUGUGUACUUUAUAUUUAGGUAAGACGGAUUUCAAAGGUUUUAAUGAACUGGCCAUUGUCAUGUGAAGAGUCAUUUUUGGCCAUAUGCACCCUAUUGUAAUUGUCUCAACUCAAAGCAAAGUAUAUAAUAAUGCAUAUGUCCUCACAGCUCCUUAUAAAAACCCAGAAAACAUCAAAAUUCAGGGUCAUCUGCCCCAUCAAAUGGAUAUCAGUUGGGAGGUGAGAGAGCUCAUAACUGCAUCUAUAGCUACCUUUAAAUACAACAAUUGUAUGCUGUAUGUAUUAGAUACAGGUACAGUAUGUUGUAGAUACUGUAUGUGUGUGAUGAUGUACUUUCUGUUGUGUUGUCCUCUGUCACAGCCACUAUUGCCUGUGGAGCACAAUGGUCCAGGCCUGGAGUACAAGGUGAGCUACAGGAAACUGGGCGUAGAAGAUGUCUGGAAAGAGCAUCUUGUCAAAAGACACGCCUUUGUCAUCAAGAACACCCCCACAUUCGUCCCCUACGAGAUCAAGAUCCAGAGUCGCAACAGCCACGGCUGGGGCCCGGAACCCAAAGUAGUGACAGGGUACUCCGGGGAAGACCGUGAGUAACAGACCACCAGAGUGUUUCCUUUAAUCCAGUCAACUUCAUUCAUAUGUCCCAAUUAUCAGUCCUUCCUCCCAAAGUGUGUACGUUCACUUCUCUAAUAUAUAUAGUAUAAAUUCAGUUUCUUCACUGAUUUGAAAGGAAAUAGUGAAUGAGUGCACACUUCAGGAGAAAGGAGAUAUUGUUGGGAUGUACACUUUUAAGGCUGGAUAGGUGUAUCAUAAUGUGCAAGUAGAGGAGAUUAGUGUUUCACCAAGCCCACCCAGGAGAGGCAUGUUGCUCUUCUAUGAUUCAGUGAAUCAAAACAAUUUUUCUAGUGUACUGCACUAAUCUAAGUUGUAUAAUGCAAAUAAUCAUAAUUGGUUGUAUCAUAAAUUUGACGUUUCCAUUGUUUAUCUACUGUUCUGAUGUGCAGACGGUGUUCUAGUGUAUCCUAGUACUAUUCUCUGAUGUGUGACCCAACUGCCAUUUUUGACAAAGAGCCCAAUUAUUCAUUUAUGUAAACAUUGCAUCUUAUCCCUCCCCCAUAUUCUUGUCUUCAGUUGUCUUUUGGCAUUGUCUUCGGGAUAAUGUAUCAGGUUAAGUGUCUAUCUUUUUUUCUGGAUAUCACCCCAGUCCUAUGUACACUACCAGUCAAAAGUUUGGACACACCUACUCAUUCAAGGAUUUUUCUUUAUUUUGAUUUUUUUUUACAUUGUAGAAUAAUAGUGAAGACAUCAAAACUAUGAAAUAACACAUAUGGAAUCAUGUAGUAACCAAAAAAGUGUUAAACAUAUAUUUGAGAUUCUUCAAAUAGCCACCCUUUGCCUUGAUGACAGCUUUGCACACUCUUGGCAUUCUCUCAACCAGCUUCAUGAGGUAGUCACCUGGAAACCAUUUCAAUUAACAGGUGUGCCUUCCUAAAAGUUAAUUUGUGGAAUUUCUUUCCUUCUUAAUGCGUUUGCGCCAAUCAGUUGUGUUGUGACAAGGUAGGGGGGGUAUACAGAAGAUAGCUCAAUUUAGUAAAAUACCAAGUCCAUAUUAUGGCAAGAACAGCACAAAUAAGCAAACAGAAAUUACAGUCAAUCGUUACUUUAAGACAUGAACAUCAGUCAAUACGGAACAUUUCAAGAACUUUGAAAGUUUCUUCAAGUGCAGUCGCAAAAAAACAUCAAGCGCUAUGAUGAAACUGGCUCUCAUGAGGACCGCCACAGGAAUGGAAGACCCAGAGAUACCUCUGCUGCAGAGGAUAAAUUCAUUAGAGUUACUAGCCUUUUUUUGCAGCCCAAAUAAAUGCUUCACAGAGUUCAAGUAACAGACAUCUCAACAUCAACUGUUCAGAGGGGACUGUGUGAAUCAGGCCUUCAUGGUCGAAUUGCUGCAAAGAAACCACUACUAAAGGACACCAAUAAGAAGAAGAGACCUGCUAGGCCCAAGAAACACGAGCAAUGGACAUUAGACCGGUGGAAAUGUGUCCUUUGGUCUGGAGUCCAAAUUUGAGAUAUUUGGUUCCAACUGCCGCGUCUUUGUGAGAAGCGGUGAGGGUGAACGGACGAUCUCCGCAUGUGUAGUUCCCACCGUAAAGCAUGGAGGAGGAGGUGUUAUGGUGUGGGGGUGCUUUGCUGGUCACACUGUCUGUGAAUUAUUUAGAAUUCAAGGCACACUUAACCAGCAUGGCUACCACAGCAUUCUGCAGCGAUACGCCAUCCCAUCUGGUUUGGGCUUAGUGGGACUAUCAUUUGUUUUUCAACAGGACAAUGACCCAACACACUUUCAGGCUGUGUAAGGGCUAUUUGACCAAGAAGGAGAGUGAUGGAGUGCUGCAUCAGAUGACCUGGCCUCCACAAUCCCACGACCUCAACCCAAUUGAGAUGGUUUGGGAUGUGUCGGACGGCAGAGUGAAGGAAAAGCAGCCAACAAGUGCUCAGCAUAUGUGGGAACUCCUUCAAGACUGUUGGAAAAGCAUUCUAGGUGAAGCUGGUUGAGGGAAUGCCAAGAGUGUGCUAAGCUGUUAUCAAGGAAAAGGGUGGCUAUUUGAAGAAUCUCAAAUAUAAAAUAUAUUUUGAUUUGUUUAACACUUUUUUGGUUACUACAUGAUUCCAUAAGUGUUAUUUCAUAGUUUUGAUGUCUGCACUAUUAUUCUACAAUGUAAAAAAUAGUAAAAAUAAAGAAAAACCCUUGAAUGAGUAGGUGUGUCCAAACUUUUGACUGGUACUGUAGGUGUACUUCAAGUAGUCCCCUCACGUAAAAAAUUUGAAACUUUGCAGAGAGUUUGCAAGUCAAAUUCUCACCUUUUUCUGAGCAAAGUGGGAGAUUUUACAUAUAAUGACACAAAGCAUAAUGGAUCUUAGUUUUGUUUUUUACACCCUCCACACUAUAUCCCCCACCCACCUACAUAGACUAUACUAAUAUGUACCCUCCACAGUUUCAUACGGAAGUGGAAAUGAUUUUGUUUUAUAUAGUGUGUUUGUUCCUUCUUGGUGUUGUAUUUCUUUGUCAAUAUGUGCUACCUAUCCUUUAUGUCUUCUGUGUGUAUGUGUGUGUGUGUUUGUACGGGUGUGUGUACUAUUGCUAUUUAUUGGUGCCUGUCCUCUCCAGUCCCUACAGCUGCCCCGCGGGACGUGGCAGUGGAGGUGUUGAACACCACCCUUCUCAGAGUCAGUUGGACCAGGGUUGCCCAGGCAACAGUGCGGGGUCAUCUGGGGGGCUACAAUGUGAGUGUUCAGGGUCGUGUUCAUCAGGCACCAAAUGGAAGAAAAUGGACUGAAAUAGGGAGGAACUAACUUGUCCACUAAGGGGUUCCCACUCUCUCAGAAAAGAGAGAGUGGGAACCUAGAACCAUAAAGGGUUCUUAAAUUCUCCCCAUAGGAGAAACCUCUGAAAAUAACUAUUUUUGGUUCCAAGUGGAACCCAUUCACUAAUAUAAGAUUCUACAUGGAUCCCUUUCACCACUUAAAGGUUCUAAGUGUAACCUUUUUUACCACCAAAUGAUUCUACUUGAAACCCAAAAAGGGUUCUCCUAUGGGGACAAUCGAAUAACCCUUUUUUUCUAAGAGUGCCCUAAGGGGUUUUUGCUUUGUGACCCAGCAAGUGUCUUUUGAGUCGUGACCCACCAUAAGGGUUGACAGGUGGAAUAAAUGUACCCAGACCAAAGAAUAAGUUCAUAAAAUUGAUUCAAAAUAUUUUACUGAAUGUACAUUUGAGUAUGGGCUCUUGGGACCAAUUUUAUGAAAUUGACUUUAUGAUAAUGAAAUGAUUUGUAACAAUGCACAAAAAAUGGCAUUCCAUGACCCAACUGUACCCCUGCGUCGACCCACAAGUGGGUCUCAACCCAUGGUUUGGGAACCAGCAUCUGCUAAAUGACUAAAAUGUCUAAUGUAAACACACGUUUUUUUUCUUUCCAUUGUGUGGCCUAAUGAACAUUAUCCAAGUUUCUCUAUCAGGAUUUUACUUGAGGUGGGCCCAUCUGCUUAGCUCUGUUGCUCUUCUUCACCCAAGGUAGGGCCUUUGCGUCUCACCUAAGAGAAAUACUGGGUCACCUAUAUAUACAGUGGGGAGAACAAAUUAAUUACUUAAAAAUCAUACAAUGUGAUUUUCUGGAUUCACAGUUGAAGUGUACCUAUGAUAAAAAUUACAGACCUCUACAUGCUUUGUAAGUAGGAAAACCUGCAAAAUCGGCAGUGUAUCAAAUACUUGUUCUCCCCACUGUAUAUCUCUGAGUAGCCUACUCUACAGGCUGUAUUCUUAUUUGAGAAUCAAAAAUGUGGAAUAUUUAGGCUGAAUUAAAAGUUGCCUGUGUGUUUCUCAAGUCAGGGUACUCUGUGUACUCUACCAUUUUGUGUACAGUACGUGCCCAUUUGGCAUAGCAUGUUUUACUUUGAAGUUAGUUAGCAGUUAGCAUAAGGGCUUGGUGGCAAACCACAUUUUACAAUAUACCGUUAUUAAUGCACGGACCGGUUUGGAUUUUUACUUUACCUUACAUAACAGUAUUUGAACAUUUGGUUUGUCAGAUGUUAUAUAAAUGAAAUAACUGAGUGAUGAAACUCGAAAAAUUAUGGCAAUCGUCCAUUCUUAUUGCCAGUAAGAGACUGCUAACAGUUGAGAACUGCUAAUUUGCUAGCAAGAGCUUCGGGUGCGCACAUGUAGGGUACUGCCUUCAGAAAGUAUUCACAUGUGGACAUUUUCCACAUUUUGUUGUGCUACAGCCUGAAUUUAAAAUGUAUUAAAUUGAGAUUUUGUGUCACUGGCCUACAUACAAUACCCCCAUAAUGUCAAAGUGGAAUUAUGUUUUUAGAUAUUUUUACAAAUUAAUUAAAAAUUAAAAGCUGAAAUGACUUGUCAAUAAGUAUUCAACCCCUUUGUUAUGGCAAGCCUAGAUAUGUUCAGGAGUCGAAAUUUGCUUAACAAGUGACAUAAUAAGUGCACUCUACACAUACCAUUAUCUGUAAGGUCCUUCAGUCGAGCAGUGAAUUUCAAACACAGAUUCAACCACAAAGACCAGGGAGGUUUUCCAAUACCUCGCAAAGAAGGACACCUAUUGGAAAAUGGGUCAAAAUUAAAAAAGCUGACAUUGAAUAUCCCUUUGAGCAUGGUGAAGUUAUUAAUUACACUUUGGAUAGUGUAUCAUUACACCCCAUCACUACAAAGAUACAGGCGUCAUUCCUAACUCAGUUGCCGGAGAGGAAGGAAACCGCUCAGGGAUUUUACCAUGAGGCCAAUAGUGACUUUAAAACAGUUACAGAGUUGAAUGGCUGUGAUAGGAGAAAAAAUAGGAUGGAUCAACAACAUUGUAGUUACUCCACAAUACUAACCUAAAUGACAGCAUGAAAAACAUGGAAGCCUGUACAGAAUAAAGUAAAACUGCAAAAAAUGUGGCAAAGAAAUUAACUUUAUGUCCUGAAUACGAAGUGUUAUGUUUGGGGCAAAUCCAACACAAUGCAUCACUGAGUACCACUCUUUAUAUUUUCAAGUAUGAUGGUAACUGCAUCAUGUUAUGGGUAUGCUUGUCCUCGGCAAGGACUAGGGAGUUUUUUAGGAUAAAAAUAAACGGAAUAGAGCGAAGCACAAGCAAAAUCCUAAAGAAAAACCUGGUUAAGUCUGCUUUGCAACAGACACUGGGAGACAAAUUCACCUUUCAGCAGGACAAUAACCUAAAACACAAGGCCAAAUAUACACUGGAGUUGCUUACCAAGAUUACAUUGAAUGUUCCUGAGUGGCCUAGUUACAGUUUUGACUUAAAUCAGCUUGAAAAUCAAUGGCAAGACAUGAAAAUUGAUGUCUAUCUAGCAAUGAUCAACAACCAACUUGACAGACCUUAAAGAAUGUUAAAAGUAAUAACGUGCAAAUAUUGUACAAUCCAGGGUGGAAAGCUCUUAGAGACUUACUCAGAAAGACUCACAGCUGUAAUAGCUGUCAAUGGUGAUUCUAAGAUGUAUUGACUCAGGGGUGUGAAUACUUGUGUAAAUGAAAAUACUGUAUUUCAUUUUCAAUAAAUAUGAAAACAUUUAAAAAAAACAUGUUUUAACUUUGUCAUUAUGGGGUAUUGUGUGUAGGGGGGAAAACAAUACAUUUAAUUAAUGUUUAAUUCAGGCUGUAACACAACAAAAUGUUGAAUAAGUCAAGGGGUAUGAAUUCUUUCUGAAGGCACUGUAUACCGUGAAUAGUCCAUGUGAGGCAGCGCUGGCACCAAAGGUGCACACUUACUUUUUGCCAUGAAUCUUGCCUGGGAGUUAGUGAGGGUGCCGAAAGCGCCUUCGAAAACGGUACAAUGCCCCUUGUGGCGAAAGCAUGAACUGCCGUUGAAUCCAUUGAAAAUAUAUGGUCAUAGAAAAGUGACUUUUUCAUAAAAUAGAGGCAUACAAAGACAAACAAAUGUUUUACAGUGUGGAAAUGAUAAAUGAGUGAAGUAAAUGCAGAAAUGUAUGAAAAUGCAACAAAAAAAAUAUUUUGGGUUGAAGUUUAAUUGAACUGUAUAAAACAAUCAGAAGCGAGAAAGCCCCAUUUAAAACCACUUAGAAUAUAUUUGUUGCCACCCUGGGGAUAUGCACUACUCAUCAAGCAUAUUUAGAACUUGUAUUAUGAAAAAACGAAAUAUUGUCAAAUAUUGACAUACCGUCAAAAAUUUGAAAAAUAUUGUGACAUGAUAUUUUGGCUAUAUCGCCCAGCCCUAGUUAACAUUAGUCAGCAGCAGUUAAUUCUCAAUGGCACUUGGGUCAUUGCAAUGGAUUUUGGCAUGGAAUGUUGAUUUUCUUUUCUAUAUUUUCUUUAUUUAAAUGUAUUUUGGUGCUUCUUCCCAUUUUAAAUCAAUUUAAAUGGCAGCUUAAUGACUUCACUUUUUUUCCCAUUAUGAUAACCAGUAGGAGGGAUAAUCAUUUUGCUAAUGUAAUUUCCUUUCAUUUAAAUGGAGUAACACCAAUGACACUUUCUAUUUAGUAACACCAAAUCAUUAGCCUGAAAUCCAGAACCUGUUUUGCUAACAUUCCACUCCUUGUACUCCAUGUCAUGCUAAACAUGACAUGGGUAGCAUGACAAUGAGUGACAAGGAGUGGAAUGAUAACUCAAACAGACUGGUACCCAGGCUACCAAAUCAUCAUUGGAAUCCUCAAAUGUAUGACAAACUAUAAGGGUGUGAUUAGCAAAUAAUUGUAUAUCUUUGUAAUGUGUGAUUUUUAUGUCGGUAACACCAAUGACAUACAACUUAGGGACACAUUAUAUUUGUAAAACAAAUAGGGGAUUUUAACAGCCUUCUUUGUUUUAAUGAUCUAUACAAUAUAUUAAAUACGUGUGUUUAUUUUCUAGCAUUCAAAAUAAUAAAUCCCCAAAACAACUCUACUCAUUACUACUGGGAAAAACGAAUUUGCUUGCACUAAAUACUUUAAACAAUAGAUACAAAUAACGUGUUUCAGUAUAAAGGACUUGCAUUAUGUUUGAUCAUUGAUAAACAGUUCAAAUUAAACAAAAACAUGAAUUAUGUUUUUAACUAUUUGCCAUUUUAAAGAUUUUUUCAUGGUUGCAAAGGCAAGGGAUACAAAAGCCCCACCAUUAAAUAAUGACCUACCUGACAAAGUAGUGAGAACCAUAAGGUGCUUCGUAAAUAUACUGAACAAAAAUAUAAAUGCAACAUGCAACAAUUUCAAAGAUUUUACUGAGUUACAGUUCAUAUAAGGAAAUCAGUCAAUUGAAAUAAAUAAAUGAGGCCCUAAUCUAUAGAUUUCACAUGACUGGGAAUACAGAUAUGCAUCUGUUGAUCACAGAUACUGUCACGAAUACCGCCGAGGCUGCUCCUCCUCCUUGCUCAAGCAGGCUUCGGCGUUCGUCGUCCCCGGAGUACUAGCUACUACUGCUUGUAUGUUCUCGAUGUUUGUUUGGUCUUGUCUAGUUGGUCGCACCUGUUUCGUCUUCUGUAUUGAUUAUGUCACCUAUAAGUUUCCUUUGGUUUUGUUUGCAGUUGUAUGUUAUUGUCCGCCUGUCGUUUGGUGUCAAGGUUUGGUACUUUUGUGUUUAAGAGUAUUUUACGCAUUGCGCGUAUUAGUUCGCCUCCGGUGUUUUUGAGGCCAUUUACUUUGUAUUGUUCAUGAGUCUCAGUAAAGUCGUGUUGACUUAUCCUCUGUGUCCUGCGCCUGACUUCACCACAUCAACAACGUGCCAGAAUAACACACCUUUACUAUGGAGUCAGCAGGAGCAGCGGCGGGGACCGAGUCGCUGGAGGAUCGGGUCAGCUGCCAGGACGCCAGGAUCCAGCAACUCGGAUCCGCCAUGCAAGAGGUCAUGAACACCCUGCGCCGAUGGGAGAGAGGAGGCUUGCCCACACCUCCUCCUACCUCACCACCACCAUCGGCCAGCCCCACCAGACCAGCUCCGGAGUCCAGUGGGAUUCGGCUCUCGCUCCCGAGGGCAUAUGAUGGCACCGCAGCCGGGUGUCAGGGGUUCCUCCUUCAGGUGGAACUCUACCUGGCAACCAUACACCCGGCGCCCUCCGGAUACGAGAGCGUUUCCGCCCUCAUCUCCUGUCUCUCCGGCAAGGCGUUGGAGUGGGCCAAUGCCGAAUGGAGGGGAAUAGACGCCGCCACAAUCAGCAACGCGGAGUUCUCCCGCCGCUUCAGGGCUGUUUUCGAUCAUCCCCCUGAGGGUAAAGCGGCAGGGGAGCGUCUGUUCCACCUUCGGCAGGGGAAGAGGAGCGCACAGGAGUUCGCCCUGGACUUCCGGACUCUAGCGGCGGAUGCGGGGUGGAAUGAGAGGGCCCUCAUCGACCACUAUCGGUGCAGCCUGCGUGAGGACGUUCGACGAGAGUUGGCCUGCAGGGACACCAAUCUGACCUUCGACCAGUUGGUGGACAUGUCAAUCCGUCUGGAUACCCUGCUGGCCACCCGCGGACGUCCAGAGUUGGGGCCGUCCAUUCCAUCCCCCAGCACCUCCGAGGUCGGGGGUGCUGGUGCUGGAGAAAGGAGGAGGAGUAGCCUCGGCGGUAUUCGUGACAGUACCCCCACCCUUGACACGCGGCUCCAGCCGUGCGCCGACCCCGGCCUCGGGGACGGCCAGGAGGACACGGAGCAGGGCGCGUGGGGUGACUACAGUGGAACUCCGUCAGGAGGGAGGGAUCUAAAAUGUCCCUCCUAGGCACCCAGCACCGUUCCUCCGGACCGUACCCCUCCCACUCCAUGAGAUAUUGUAGACCCCCCAUCCGACGUCUCGAAUCCACGAUGGACCGGACUGAGUACGCCGGAGCCCCCUCGAUGUCCAGUGGGGGCGGAGGAGUCUCUCUUAUCUCACUGUCCUGGAAUGGACCAGCUACCACCGGCCUGAGGAGAGACACAUGGAACGAGGGGUUAAUGUGAUAAUCAUUAGGCAGUUGUAACUUGUAACAUACCUCGUUCAAUCUCCUCAGGACUUUAAAUGGCCCCACAAACCGCUGACCAAGCUUCCGGCAGGGCAGGCGAAGGGGCAGGUUUCGAGUCGAGAGCCAGACUCGAUCUCCAGGUGCGUAUACUGGACCCUCACUGCGGUGGAUGAGUGGUUUCGGCGCUCGGAGGAGACGUGGAACGCUGCACACGUACAUCUGCAGCGGGCUAUCCAUAGGCAGAAGGCGAGCACUGAUCUCCACCGCAGUGAGGGUCCAGGUACGCACCUGGAGAUCGAGUCUGGCUCUCGACUCGAAACCUGCCCCUUCGCCUGUGGCAUUGUGUUGUGUGACAAAACUGCACAUUUUAGAGUGGCCUUUUCUUGUCCCAAGCACAAGGUGCACCUGUGUAAUGAUCAUGCUGUUUAAUCAGCUUAUUGAUAUGCCACACCUGUCAGGUGGAUGGAUUAUCUUGGCAAAGGAGAAAUGCUCACUAACAGGGAUGUAAACAAAUUUGUGCACAAAAUCUGAGAGAAAUAAGGUUUUUGUGCGUAUGGAAAAUUUCUGGGAUCUUUUAUUUCAGCUCAUGAAACAGGGGUCCAACAUAUGUUGUGUUUAUAUUUUUGUUCAGUGUAAAAUACUGUGAAAAAGCAACACUUCUAAUGAAGCAAUUGGAACUCAUCAGACAAACACAUUGUGUGUACCUACGUCAAGAAUUGUAAAUUGAAUGCUCUUACACUCCCCUCCAUAAGUAUUUGAACAUUGAAGCAACAUUUUUAAAUUUGGCUUUAUACUCCAGAUUUGGGGAUUUGAGAUCAAUUGUUUCAUAUAAGGCGACAGUACAGAAUGUCACCUUUUAUUUGAGGGUAUUUUCAUAAAUAUCUGUUUUACUGUUUAGAAAUGAAAGAACUUUAUGUAUCUAGUCCCACCAUUUGAAGAAUUAAUAAGUAUUUGAACAUAUUCACUUAUAAUGUAUUAAAAAAGUUUAGUAUUUGGUCCCAUAUAGUAUUGCUUGCAUGCAUUGACUACAUCAAACUUGCGACUAUACAAACUCAUUUGCAGUUUGUUUUGGUUGUGUUAUGUUUUGCUCAAUGGUAACUGAAUGGUGAAUGAUGACUGGGGUAAUUUUCUUUAUAAGUGAGUAGAUGAGAUGUUUCUGAACACUUCUAAAUUAAUCCUGAUAAUACCAUGAUUAAGAAAAAUCAUGAAUGAAUCAUAAAUAAUGAUGAGUGAGAUGCCGUUCAGAAGCUACAACAAAAAAUGCUAACCUCUCACCAUUACCAAUAACAUGGGUGGUUAGCAUUUUUUGGGGGGUAUGAUCUUUGUGCCUCUGUAACCUUCUCACUCAUCCUUAUUCACAAAUCAUUCAUGAUUAUUCAUAAUCAUGGUAGCAUCCACAUGGAUGUAGAAGUGUUCAGAAACAUAUUAUGUUCUUACUUACCAUAAAAGUGACUCCAAAAUGGCACAAGACAUGCUUACAUUCUGUACUGUCGCCUAAUAUGAAACAUUCAAUCUCAAAUCUAAAAUGCUGGAGUAUAGAGCCAAAUUAAAAUGGUUAGCUUCACUGUCCAAGUACAUAUGGAGGGGAGUGUAUACGUCCAAUAAAAAGAUAUACAAAAUAAAUAAAUAAAUAAUUUUUUUCCUGUGAAACAACCUCCAUCACAAACAAACCUUUUGUCAUUUGAAAAUCGUCUUCAAAAUGGCUGCCAGCUAAGUCUCUUCCAUUUCUAUCCCUCUCUCAGGUGCACUGGCUGAGGAAACGGAGUCUCCUACAUUCCAACAGAAUUCCUGAGGAGAGACAUUUCCUGAUGUUCCCGGGGAACAGGAGCCAUGCCAUGGUCACUGGCCUCAGACCCUUCUCGGAGUACAGACUGACCGUCAACGUCUUCAACAAGCGGGGCAACGGCCCCAAUAGUGACCCUGUCACCUUCCAGACUCCAGAAGGAGGUAAAUAUUUGACAGAGGGCUGUGUGUACUCACAGGUUUACUACAAGGCAUAACAGUACAACAAUGCAAAGUUUGUCUAGCAGAUGUGAGGUAGUUAGUUGUGUGCUCUAGUAGUAGCCAUCUUGCAGUGACAUCACCCGCCCUGAGAACUGUAGUAGUGUCGUCACAGAACACAACAUGUUACUGUAAGUGAGAGUGUAUGCCUUAUACUGUAUAUUAAUACAUAUUAAGCAAACAGCAAAAUAAUUGAUUGUGUGCCUUGCUGAAAAAAAGAGGCUCAAAAUAUGUGAACGCUAAAGCCUAUAGAUUUCACAGCAAAGUAAGCUUAAGCAGUAUGUUCAAUAUGAUUAUGACGGAUUGUAGGCUGAAUGUGUAAUGUUUGUUUGUUUUUAUAUGUUUUGCCAGUUCCUGAACAAGUGCCCAUUCUGACAGUGUCAAACGCCCAGAGAGACUCUAUCACCCUGGUGUGGGCACCCCCCUUUGAGGCCAACGGCAUCCUUACAGGAUAUCUCCUGCAGUACCAACUCAGUAUGUACACACGACAACCCUAGUAUUACUAGAUGAGUAUGUACUCAUAUGACCACCCUACUAUUACUACAGUAGAUGAGUAUGUACACACAACUUCACCCCAAUAUUACCAGUUGAAUAUUACUUAACGUACACUCUUGACCUCCUAUUACCUAGCGGUCACUUUAGACUGGUCAUUUACUGUAGUACAGUUUGCUGUUGUUCCAAUAGCUGCACUAUCAAAACCUGCACUAGAUGGUGCUGUUUAAAUACUCAAUGUUCAAUUGGUUUCUCUCUAAAGCUCAGUUAUUGGUAUUGCCCACUGGCAGAGGGUUACCUCUAUAGGCAUUUAAAAUGUAAUUGCUGUUUACUAAAUCAAAAGAAGACAUGACUAGUGUUCAUAUGUGAUUGUAUGAUUUCUAUCACAUGGAAUUCAAAUAAAACCAAUCACAUCUUAUAUGAAGAGAACACAUCUUAUGGAGAGAACACUGAGGCAAGAGGCUUUCAUCACAUUCAUUACAUUUUCCUUUUGCCUGCAUAUUUUAUUUCCCUGACAUUUCUGGAGUCUUUGUGUGAAAUGUUAUGGGAGACCCUCCCCUGCAGUUGUUCUAGCACCCACUGAGCCAGUCGAGCGUCUGAAUGCAGCCAGCACGCCCUUUUCAGUGCUUGUCAUCAGAUAUCAGCAUUUCACUGAUAUUAAAGUACAAGGAGCCAGUGGGAAUAUGAGCAUUACAAUAGAACUGGUUCAGAGAGCCUAACAGGCUGGCAAAUAUAUUACAAUAAAAAAAAUUCAACAAGGAAAUCUUAUUAAACGUUAUCAUUGUAUAGAGGUAUCUCUUUAUGUACAUGCUGCUUCAGAGCAACUCAAAGUCUUUAGGAAUAACAUGGAAAGGCACUAAUACAGAAAAUAGGGAGACAGUGAUUUGUAAGUGCAGUAAUUGGAAUCUGUAAUCGAUGGGUAAAAUACUGUAACACUAACCUCUCCAUUUAUUUACCACAAGACCUGACCAUGAAAACUUCUGGGGCCUAAUUACAGCAUAUUAGUCAAGUCUUAUAACUAGGGCCUUGUUUUCCUCAUCAGCUCACAUAGUCAGCUCACAAAACUCCUUGCACAAAAGUCAAGACCUGUGUCAUGUGAAUGUUUGUGACUGUGAGCUAAAUUAGAUUUUCUCUGCUCCAGCCUCUCCAAACAAAUGUGUAUUUUUGUAUAUGUGUGUGUAUAUCUUCUUCUUGGGUGGUCCUCUGUAGCUCAGUUGGUAGAGCAUGGCGCUUGCAAUGCUGGCUUAGUGGGUUUGAUUCCUGGGACCACCCAUACGUAUUUUUUUUUUAAAUAGUUAUGCACGUAUGACUGUAAGUCGCUUUGCAUAAAAGCAUCUGCUAAAUGGCUUCUAUUAUUUUCUUCUUCUUCUAUAGUGAAUGAGACGUUGGCGGUGGGGGACAUGCAGGAGGUGAACGUCAGCAGUGCCGACACCACCCAGUGGCUCCUGCAGGGCCUGGGGGAGAUGAGCGAGUACAUGUUCUACCUGAGCGCCUGCACCAGGGUGGGUUGCGGACCCCAGCGCAUGGAGGAGGGUAGCAUGGUCACAGAAGCAAGUGAGUAGCUAAUCCACAGGGGGAUGGAUCAUGGUUGAGGGAGUUGAUGGCUGUGCUAAGCUCAAUGAAUACUUUACGCUACGCAACAUAACACUACGCAACGCAGCUACGGUUACUUGUAGUAGGCAUCGGUAUGCUUGUAUUACCUCCUCCUAGUGAGCUUGGCAUUCUAUCAACUGCUGCAUCAAAUAAGUAGCCUAUUUUGCAGUCAUGACCAAAUAUAAUCUCAACGACUCUUCAAACAAUAAUCCAAACAACAUUGUUGAUUUAUUAGCAUCCCCAAAAGGUUUUUUGUUUAGAAGUAAUAAUAAUGUGAUUCUAGGCUAUUUAAAAAUGGUAAAGCAGAAGUUUUUACAGCAGUUAUCUGCUAUUAAUUAUAAUUAUCUUGCCGUGAGGAAAUAUUUGGUUAUAUUUUUUUGCUGAAAUGGGAGCGAACGCAUUCAAGCAACAUAUCAAACUGGGAUAAUGUAGUAGGUUAAAAAUAGGCAUUAUUUAAUGAUAAAUGUAUUAUAUCAUAUGGGGGAGAUGUGGGAAGUUAAAAGGCUAGCUUGCUAGCAAAGCUUUGUUUUUAGCCAGCUAGCUAGCGAUCUGCUUUCUUAAGGAAAUUGAUGUUAGCCUACAACUAACUAGCAGACAAAACGAGGUAAUAUAAAAUUUACCUAAACUUUCUCCUACACCUGCAGAUGUUGUUUUGAAAUCGCAUCCAUUCAUGUCAAGCCAAAUACUACUACACAUGUAUAGCUUACACUACAGUGUUAUGCCAAUAAAUAUGCAAACAAAUAUUCAACAACAGCUUCAAACCCUUUUGUUGUUUUGUGGUUGACAUCUAGAUUAUGAGACAAACUGUGUACGCUGACAACUUUUAGCAAACAUCAGGCAGCCAUGUUGAUGAAGUUGAAUGAGAACUCAUUGUUGAGACAACCCAUUUUUGAAGUGUUGAAGGGAGUUGUAGUCUGUGCCUGCAGUCAGUGCUGCUAUUGAGACACUAUAGUUUCUGUCAUUAGUGAACAUGGUAGAGUAUAUGGCUCUGAAUGGAGAUAGAGAGGCCUAUUAGGCACGUUUUCCUUCCGGCCAGUCAUUGCAAUCAACAAGAUUUACAGUUUUUCUCGAUUGCUAAGACACAUUUCUUGAAAGCUGCUCUCCUUUUCACUUAACUGUGAACACAAAACCCAAUUUUCAAGCUACAUUCACAAAACCUCAGACUCUUCUUGCAAAACCAAACUUUCACCUCAAAACAGUUCAAUCUGUGCUCAAAACUGAACUAUGUUGUCAAAUCGUGCCCCGAGUCAAUCAAAAUAAAAAACACUACUGAACAGUCACUAAACACUACGUAGAAAAAUAGAAAACACAAUGCUCAGGACAUGAAGCUGGAGAAAUAAAUGUUUAUUGUUCACUGUAGGCUAAAUGCAUGUUGCAAAACAAAAAAAAACUGUGCAUUUAGAUGUAGCACUUGUAAAAACAAACAGAAAUCUUAUGCGUUUGCCACUUGUGUACAGUAAGCCCAUGUAAAAAUAAAGUACAAAAAUAUACAAAUAAGUGCAUUACUCAGCCACAGCAUCAUGUCUCCGUACUGGGUCAGGCCACAGGACUUCAUCCACAUCACAGGCCACAUUUUGUCUGGCCAGGCAACGGGGGGAAAAAAACCCUGGCAUGCCGUAUCCAGGCUUGGCAUGCCUCCACACCUAUGUCACCACAGGCAAGUCCCAUGGCUUGCAGGAGAUUUACCCUGGUGUAAGGUUGGCGUUCAUAUACCUUCCACCGCCAUGAGGAGAAGAAUUCCUCAAUGGGGUUUAGGAAAGGGGAGUACGGUGGAAGGCAAAGAUUGAUAAAACCUUGGUUCAUAUUGUACCACUCUCUAACCUGGAGGGCUCUGUGAAAACUCACAUUGUCCCAAACAACAACAUAGAUGGGAUGCUCAUCCUGCUGCCCUAACAAAGCAUCUCACAUGUGAUUGAGGAAAUUGAGGAGCUGGUGAGUGUUGUAGGGCCCCAGGUUGGCAUGAUGGUGGACAACCCCAUGAUUGCUGAUGGCAGCACAUAAUGUGACAUUGCCACCACGCUGCCCAGGAACACCAACAAUGGCCCGAUGGCCAAUCACAUUACGGCCUCUCCUUCUCCUUUUGGUGAGAUUAAACCCAGCUUCAUCUAUGUAGAUGUAUUGAUGGGGUCUUUCCAUUGCAUCCAGUUGAAAAACCCUCUGUAGAAAUAUAUAUAGUUUUGUAAGUGAUACGGAAAAAGUGAUUUAGGCCUCUACAGUAAAUCACUACUUAGAGUAAUCAACAUUGAAUGUGUCUGGAUAUAUGCCAACCUGUACAUACUGGAAUCUUUGCUCUUUGACUCUGUCUGAGUUGCGAUCAAAGGGCACUCUGUAUAGCUGUUUCAUGCGCAGUCUGUUGCGCUUGAGGACACGAUCAACAGUAGAGAGGCUGACACUGUUGAUACCCUCAAAAUUUAAAUGGUCCUCAAUGAUCUUCUGCUGAAUUUCGCUCAGUUUAAUGGCAUUGUUCUCACGGACCAUAUCAACAAUUAGGGUCUCUUGGUGUGGGGAGAACAUACCUGUCCUCCCACCCCCAUGUGGCAGUCUUUCAAUUCUACAAAAAGAGAACAUGGAGUUACAAAAAAUAUACAUGGAAUACUAGGCCUACAAACAGUUAGACCAACCCUCCAUUACAAUACUACAGUACAUUGGUACAGUGAUGUACUGAAACAUAUAUUUACUUACAGUAUACUGUGGUACAGUAUAUAGUAUGUCAUACAGUAAUUGCUGUCAACAUUUACAUACUGUACUAUAAUGUCAAAAAAAGGUAAUUACCUGUUCUCUUCUCUAAAUCUUCGGAUUAUGGUGGACACAGUGAAUCUACUGAUGUUUGGUUGUACCCUUUGUCCAGCCUCCCUCAUGCUCAUACCAUGGACAAGAACAUGGUCAAUCACAGUAGCUCUGAUUUCAUCAGAUAUUACUGUUCUUUGUCUUCGCUGACCACCUCAACCACCUCGACCUCCUCUCACACAAACUCUUCCUCUCAGAUUUCUAUCCAUUGUAGGGCCUCACAAACCAGUGCUCUCUGAACUGGCUUACUGUAUAUGUUCCCUCACAUCAUUAGCCACAAGUGUGAUCAAUUUUGAGUUGUUGUGUUCAAGUGGUGACACCUGUGCUCUAAUUGUGUUUGACUUUUGUCACCUGUGCUCACCAUUAUGCAGCACGGGUGCAUCACAAUGAAAAUGUGUUGGCAAGUUAUGUCUAAACAGGUGAAAAGCGCUUAUGGUUUUGCCAAAAGAGUGAUUGAUUCAAUCAGUGGGUUCAGGCAACUGAGCAUUUGGUUCAGACAAUAGGGUUUAGUGUUUUAGCAAUUGAGAAAAACUGUAUGUAUGGCAAUAGGGGAGCUGGAACACAAUGAGUUUGGAGACAUUGAUGGGAGGUGAUAGAGAGUAUGGAGUUGAUACUACAUACAAUGGAACAUUCAUGGUACUGUGAGAUGCAUCAUGGGAAUAUGGGAAAGAGGGGUGUGUAUGUUUUGUUUCUGUUUGUAUUUGAGUGUGGGUGGGUGUCUGUGCCUGAGAGAGAGAGAGAGAGAGAGAGAGAGAGAGAGAGAGAGAGAGAGAGAGAGAGAGAGAGAGAGAGAGAGAGAGAGAGAGAGAGAGAUGAGAGAGAGAGAGAGAGAGAGAGAGAGAGAGAGAGAGAGAGAGAGAGAGAGAGAGAGAGAGAGAGAGAGAGAGAGAGACAUGAGUGAGAGAGAGAGAGGAGAGAGAGAGAGACAUGAGUGAGAUAAAGAAAGAAGAGUAUGGUACACAGGAAAUAGAAAGAGAGAAACUACUGAGAAACUGAAUAAGAACAACAGCUGUGAUACAAGGACACAACAGCAGUGAUAUCAGAACAAUGUGUUGGACUCUUCAACUGGUCUAAAACCAUCUAUCUAUUUUUGUCUGUCUCCUCAUGGGAUAAUGGUGUAACAAAAAAGUGAAGAAAAAAAAUAGUAUGUUGAAUUUAAGACAAAUAGCUAAACCUCCUACCAAAAUUCCCUCAGAAAAACAGUGUUUCUCCAGAUAUUCAAUUACACUAAGUUCACAAAACAUUAGGAACACCUGCUCUUUCCAUAACAUAGACUGACCAGGUGAGUCCAGGUGAAAGCUAUGAUCCUUUAUACAUUUUUUAAAAAGAUUUUAUUUGAUAUUUUAUAAAGAAUACAAAACAUACACAUACAAAUUACUACAUCAUACAAACAUCAACUACAUCACACCUGCCCAGAACCACUAGCACACACCCCAAUCUCCAGGGCCUGCAUCACUUUCCGCCACAUGGCCACAAACUGCACCAUUUUGUUUCUCUCUGUAGCCCACGCACUUUCAAUAUUUAAAUAAUAAAUCAUUAGAUUUUUCCAUUGUGUUAAUGAUGGCGGAUUUCAAGAUGAGUGAUGAGAAGAGAAUCGUCCAACCCAUCGGGUAUCUCACUACACCCCCACAUCCCAUGUCUUGAAAUAUGCAGACAGAUGGAUUAAAAGUAAGUUUGCAUUGUAAUACUUCUGACAGCCAACUUUCUAGCUACGCCCACAAUUUCCGGACUUUAUAACAUUCCCAGAAAGCAUGGAUUAUUGAGUCAUUAUUAGUUUUACACUUAACACAUGACUGCCCUUGUGCUGUAGAGUUUGUGAAUUUUGUCUGUUGUAUAAUAAAUUAUAUACAUUAGUUUAUACUGGAUUAAGCGUAAAUUGUCGUUAACUGUAAUUUCGUUAGUUAUGCUCCAACUUUCCCUUCAUCUUGUGCCAACAUCAGUUCUUUUUAAGUCUUGGUUCUAAUAGUUUAUAUUUUUUUUCUGAGAGAUUGUCAGUUGGAUAUGCUCUCUGCAAGGUUUUGUAUAUCUUCCCUAUCAUAUGAACAUCCUUUUCUGACUCAAAUAAGAUUCCCUCAAGGUUGCUCUGAUGUCCAAAAGAUUUCAAAUCGAAAUUUCGUGAUGUGUAACUUUUAAGUUGCAUGUAUUUGAAACUAUCUACAUUGUUCAGUCCAAAAUUACUUUUUAAUUCUGUCAUGGAAAUAAAUGUAUUUCCUGUUACCAAGUCAUUCUGUGCCUUUAGUUGUCCAUGUGGACCAAUUUAUCAGUGAAUUCUGAAAAGCUAUCCAAGGAUUGUUCCAUAAAUUUGUGUUUUAGGGAGUGAUAUUGAUUUUUGUAGAAUACGUUUAAUUUUCUUUCCAUAUUUUUAUAGUGUUCUUAACUAUGAAGUUGUUAAUGUUUUUAGCUUUAUUCUUUGAAAAUAGACACGUAAAAAGAUUCUGGGGAGAAACAAAACAUUAAGAACACCUGCUCAUUCCAUGACAUAGACUGGCCAGGUGAAUCCAGGUGAAAGCUAUGAUCCCUUAUUAAUGUCACUUGUUAAAUCCACUUCAAUCAGUGUAGAUAAAGGGGAGGAAACAGGUUAAAUAAGGAUUUUUAAGCCUUGAGACAAUCGAGACAUGGAUUGUGUAUGUGUGUAUGUGUGCCAUUCAGAGGGUGAAUCGGCAAGACAAAAAAUGUAUUUGAAUGAGGUAUGGUAGUAGGUGCCAGGCGCACCGGUUUGUGUCAAGAACUGCAACGCUGCUGGGUUUUUCACGCUCAACAGUUUCCUGUGUGAAUCAAGAAUGGUCCACCACCCAAAGGACAUCCAGCCAACUUGACACAACUGUGGGAAGCAUUGGAGUCAACAUGGGCCAGCAUCCCUGUGAGACGCUUUCGACACCUUGUAGAGUCCAUGCCCCGACGAAUUGAGGCUGUUCUGAGGGCAAAAGGGGGUGCAACUCAAUAUUAGGAAGGUGUUCCUAAUGUUUGGUAUACUCAGUGUAAGCUCUUCAUAAAGCACAUUUCAUCAUGUCAGUUGUUUUGAAAAGGUCAAUGCCUGGCUUUAGUGUUGUGCUUUGUGUAUCACUAGCAUAUGUCUAUGACUGAUUAAAAAUGUACCAUUUGGCUGUCAUCAACAUUGAUAGAUGACGGUUGUAGUUUUUGUGUGUAUUAAUGAUUGAUUAUGGCUGUGUGUGUGUCUGUGUGUGUAUGCAUGCGUGCAUGCAUCCGUGCGUACGUACACGUGUGUAUGGUAUUUGGUGUUUGACUGUGCCUGGAGACUAGCUUUCCUCAUGUUUGUGAUGUGGUGCCUUAUUUGAACUCUUCUCCCUCUGAAGAUUUCUCCUCCACUCCAGCUGUGGCACCCACUGAGAGGAGUAUGUAUCAAAAGCCUCCAUAGGCUUCCUGGAUAGAAUACCAGAUACAGAUAGCGGUAGUUGUGGUAGUUGUGGUAGUAGUACCUUACCGGAAAUCUACAUGUUAAAAAUGUGUUAGAAAUACAUUAAUUACACAAUAACACAUUUUAUUGCAACACAUUGAAUUGUAACAUGUUGAAUGUAAAAUGCAUUCUACCCCAUCUUUGCUUUCACAAUUACCUUAAAAGCUAUAGUUUGGAGUGGAUUUUUAGUUCCUUAAUAUAUUUCAAAUGUUUUGGAAAUUGUUUAUCAAGUAAUUUCACAUGCCAUUGGAACAUGUUAGAAUUGCAAACGGAAUGUGUUAAUUGUGUGUGACAUUUCCGGUAGGGUAGUAGUGUGUUGAUAAUUGCGCUAAUGUUGGCCUAACAUUAGUAACAGUAUACCAGUGGUGUCAUGCCCAUCGAAACUAAAGAGGCACAUGCCCCCUUCCCGGCGGGCAAAACUGGUUGAAAUUAUGUCAUUAGAAUCUGUUUUACAAUUAUUUCGACAUCAUUUCAACCAGCUUUGCUCGCUAGUCUAAUUCUGGGAUUUAGGCUUGUAGUAAAACAAGAUAUGGAAUUAAUGCAAAAAUAUAGAAUUUGGCCAUCAGUGGCCCUUCAUAAAAAUGUGUUGAAUGACGCCACUGUAGUAUACAGUAGUGGUAGCAGCGUAAUUUCUAACCAUAAAUUGUCAUUUGUAAUUGGUGGCGAGAUAUCAAUUUGUAUAGCCUGGACACAUAAUUGUUUCAGCAUUCAAUAACACUACAUUGAUACCUGGCACUCAGCCUACCACUAGUAGACCUUCGUUGUAGAUGUUGUGUAAAUGUUGACAAAGUACAAUUGAAAUUGGUCAUUACGUAAACAAGACAAUUGUAGAAAUGUAGAAACUAUUUCAAUGGGUACAUUGGAACUUGAGGUGUGUCUUUCAUUUCAGGGCAGAACUGCUCUCUCAUUCCUCCCAGCUCGAUUCCUGUGAAUGCAACUCUUUCCUCCUUAGGUAUACUACAUACUCACACUUCUACUAUGAUGCUCCUUUGUUCCUUGCUAUAUUUCUAUUAUGAUUAAUUUUCCACUCUGUGUCUCCGACAACAAUACCAUUUCCAGACAUGAAGUUGUCGGAUGUAUUUAGAUAUUAUUGCAUGUGGGAUGUCAGAAAUGGCAGCUCAGAUGACUUGCCUACAUUCUAUAUCUCCCUGUACACCAAAUCCAAUUCCACACAAUCAAGUAGAGGCUGCCUGCCUUGCUUUCUAACAUUCUCCUUGAAGGGUGCCUAGUGGCUGCAGUGUUCUUUACUUGGGGGAUCCUAUUUGGCUUCACUACUCCUCUCUUCCCUGCCUCUCUUUUCUCUACCCUUCCUUUCUUCUCUCUUUAUCAGUCCCAGCCCUGUUGAACAUAAGCUCCUAUGUGAGUGACACCUUUGCAAAAAUCAGCUGGACUGCCAGGGACGAGCAACAGGACUCUCAGCUUUAUGUCGCUUAUAUGAAUAACCGUAAGCUACUCUCUAACCCCCACAGCUUAGUUUUCCUUAAAGUAGAACAGUGUGUUGCUCUGUUUUAAAUGUUGUUAUAUGUCAUAAGUAGGACUGUUACGGUGACUGUGUUACUGCCACACCGGCGAUCACGAGUCAUGAUGGCAGUCAAAUUCCAUGUGACCGUUUAGUCAUGGUAAUUAGGCUUCUCCAAGCUCUGAUGCUGCUGAUGGUCGUUAGUAGCCUACCAAACGUGCUAACUGCCUGGUACCCCACACUCUAUUGUCUCUCUAAUCACUCUGACAUCAAUGGAAAUGUGAUCGAAAAUCUAAUCAAACACUUCAUGAGAGCCCAUGAGCUCAUGUUGCGCAACAUUUCUACAGGCUAUGGAAUUGUGUGAGAAAACAGAGUGAUCGCCUCUAUUAAAAAGAGGAGGAUCCCAUCAGAUUUCUAUAGACUAGACCUACUAUAUUUAUUUCUCAACCUUUCUAAUAUUAAGCACAUUGCUUCUCUUUAAAACAGGAGUAAAGCCUACCUGGCUGGCAUGAAAAUGAACCACGAGAAAAGCGUCCUCCAUUCGCUAUUUAAGUGCAUAGAUGACAUGUAUUUUUUUUUUUGCUGCCCCUAUUUCGAGACAUGCAUGAUAAUGGUCAAUUCUAAAUCAAAACAAAUUUCACACAUACAGUAUAUGAUUUAGUAUAUGUAAAGACAAGAUUAAAUCAAGAAUAGUGUGAUGGGGUGACAAUAUUAGCCUAUCACUUCUGAAUGAGAUAUUAUCACUUGGGAAUGAUGCCCAGCUUAAGGCAAACAGCGCAUGCUUCUUUUUGGGCAACCUUUUCAAAUCAUAGUCGCACCUCAUGUAGCCUAGCCCAUAGGCCUAUAUGUUUUGAUAAGGUUUGUAUCACAACUAAAGUGGCCAUAUAACUUCUUAAAAAGAAGCACAUUAAUCCGCUUUACAAUGGGUGCAGAGCCUAACUGGCAUACAUACGCAGCUUUGAGUUUAAAGUUUGGGGAAGAUAAUUUUCACCAUAAAAAUGCCCCUUUAUAAUAAAAGCACUACAUGCAUAAUCGCAUUUGUGGUCACUUUUGAGAAUUGUGUUUUCCUGCUAAUGGAACAUUCUCGCUUAUAGCCUACUGCUGUGUGCACAUUGCUGCGCUUAUAAUGUGAAGAAAUAGCCUAAUAGUUUAUCAACAUUUUAAGCUAAAUGUUCUCAUCUGUUGCGUCAGGCUCAUUGCAUAAAACAGUUUUUUUUAUGCUAGUGGUUGAAUUAAUUUGGGAUCUAUCGCAUCCCACAACUGUCCCAGACUAUGUUUGGAAUAUUUAUUUCUCGCACAGAAUAGAAUAGGUCAACUUUUGUACUAUGGGGGAUAGUAGAUUGACAUAGGCUAGUGCUUUUGCUGUUCGUUAGGCCUGCUCAUCUUGUUGGCUGACGAAAAGUACAUGUGGAAAGUUCUUCCAAUAUCUUCAAUAUGCGCCACGGAAUUGGAUAAAGUCGCGCGCAGGUGCGUCCCCGAUGUGUCUGUCUUCACUUGUAGCCUGUGAGAAAGACCCAAUCAAGUGACUGAGAGCUAUGUGUGCUUCGGCACGCAGCGGGGAGAAUGGAAUUAUAAUUAUUAUAUUCAGCCCAAGGGCAUAACGGCUACUGGCCGCAAAAUGCAUGGAUUUUUUUAGGGGGAUUAUGGCCACACAAAGGGGAUGCAGCCGGGAAAUCCGAGGCAUUAUCAAGUGCUUGUCAAAUUGUGAAUGAUAUACUGAUGCCUUUCAUGCAACUUUUUACAAAUCGUCAUUAGUCACAUCAUGCAGCCUUAGAAUGUAAUAAAAAUCAAAACAUAUAGCCCAACAUUUGUAUCACAACUAAAGUUACAUAAAUAACUCUAAAUUAAGCAUAUAGGAGUACCUGUUUCUUUGUUAACCGCUCAACACAGAAUAGCCGCAUGUGCGCACUCCCUCUCGUUUGGAGAAAAUAUCCUUUCUAUUAUAUUCAGCUAUGUUCAAUUGCAUUCUUUAUACUAUAAAAUAAUGCUACGGAAUUCAGAGCAAAUCUUGCCUGCUAAAUGAACUAGUGUAGUCCACAGCCAUAUUGCAUAGCCAGAUCAGGGCCUAACAUAAGGACAUUGCAGAGUAUGCUAUUCUGUUCUUCUGAAAUAGACUACAUUUUCUUCUUAUCAUGUUUCUUUACACCUGUCUAAAAUAAAUAAUGGCAGUUAUAUUACAUGGAUUUAUUAUACUUUUUUUAAUGUAGAUGUUCCAAAGGUCUGCAUCAGUGGCUUGUAGGCUAUGUGUGGAAGACAGGAGAUGCUAAAUGUGUUUAUGUUCAUUAACGGUCAAUUACAGUGAGACCGGCAGUUAUUGCUUGACAAUCACCAGCUGACAAAAUGUCAUAACCGACACAGCCCAAGUCAUAAGUAUAUAUAGGGCUUGACUGUACUGUAUGCACGAACUGACUGCUAUUGCAUUUCAGUAACUUGCAAUGCAUUUAUACUGUAAACAAUGUAUUUUACAGUGUUGUGUUGUCAUAGAAGUAGUGUUUAGCAUGGCGAUAGUCCUUACUAUGUGCUGCUAGCCUGAAUAAUAACACAUGAUGAUGGUUGUGCGAAUCCUGUAGGUGAAGGUAACUGGAGGAUUUCAGAAGCAGUAAACACUUCUAAGAAUUUCCACAUGAUUGAAGGGCUGGAGCCUGGGACGGUGUACACUGUGCGUCUCAUGGCUAAGUCAUGGCUCGAUAAUGAUAGUAUUUUCGAAGACAUUAUACAGACCAGAGUCAAAGGUAAGAGAGAAUAGUCCCAUGGUGUGUAAUUGGUAGCCAUCAACUGUCAUUUCCACCCACAACAACUUAAUUCCACAUUGACAAGCAUUUAUCGACAAUUAUCGACAGCGUCUGUGGUGAGAAGUCCUUCAUUUAAUAUUAUUUUAGAAGUGAUUGACAAAUGUUACCAGGGGAAAGUGAAAAAAACUAACAAUGGGGGAUAUCAUUGUACUAUGGAGGUCUGUUGAGAAAAAAUUGUUAUUUUCAUGACCUCAACUGACUUCCAUAUGGUUCAUAUGCCAAGCAGUUUUCCUGCUAUCUGUUUUCUAAUGUACUAGUUUUUAUAUGAGUUGUUUAGGGAAUGGGACAAACUAACCCCAUGUGUCUGUUUGGGGUGGGUUAGGUUUGGCCAGUCUUCACGGGGGAGUUUCCACCCAGGGCUGGUUCAUCGGGAUGAUGUGCGCCAUGGCUCUCCUCACCCUCACCGUGCUCAUCGCAUGCUUCGUGACCCGCAACAAAGGUGGCAAAUAUGCAGGUACGCCACCUCACCCAAACAUGUCUUCCAGUGUCCAAGGUCAGUUUCAUCUUUGAACAUCACCGGUUUUGGUGUCUAUUUAAUUCAGUAGAGGAAAUAAAUUGCUGUUCAACUCGUCAACCGAACAUUACCCUAUUGUUUUCAACUGGGAUUUUUUAUUUAUUCACAAAUGUAAUGUCUGUUAAUUUAUUGAUUGAGUGAAAUCAAAAUGGACCCCAAACCUGGCCAACAGCUUCAGCUGUGUGGUAAUGCACUUUACAUACUGUGCAUGCCAAUCCCUCCACGCAUGUGGGAAAUCAGACAAACCCCAUUCAACCCUGUGUGUGAACCGUCAGCGAGGUGCUAGAGGCCUUCUUUCCGUCCCAAUUGUCCCUUCUCUCUGUGCUGUGGCCCUCCUGUCCCAGCCCGGCACCGCUGAUUACUGGGGUUGUCAAAAAGACAGGUUGGAAUCAGCUGGCUUUGUUCCCCCUCUCACCUGCACCAGACCCCGGCUCUUCUCUAGCCUUUGUGCACCCGUCUCGGCCUCACAAAGGUGCUGCUGUCGCACCCACUCUCUUUCGCUCUCACCACUCCUCCCCUCUCCACCUGCGGGAGCUGUUGACAUGAACACUGAAUAUUUCAUCACCCCUGGAUUCCCUCCUUUACUUGUCCUCAUGCUUUUCAUGAAACCCCUCUCCUUUGUCUCUCUCGAAAGCCCCUUUACUUUUUAAUCAUAUUUACACAAGGAGCUGUUGGAAAUCAUUUUGUACAGAUGCACAAAAGAGCACUCAGGAUGGUUGAGGAGAUAUUUUUGGUCAUUUGUUGUUUGUUGUUCAUAUUUUUCUGUGGUUUCAACAUUGAGAAAAUUACACAUUUGUGUUACACAUGUGUUGUGACAUACAGGUAACUGCCAAAAUAAAGGAAACACCAACAUAAAGUGUCUUAAUAGAGCGUCGGGCCACCACGAGCUGCCAGAACAGUGUCAAUGCACCUUGGCAUAGAUUCUACAAGUGUCUGGAACUCUAUUGGAGGGAUGCGACACCAUUCUUCCACGAGAAAUUCCCAUAAUUUGGUGUUUUGUUGACUGUUGUGGAAAACGCUAUCUCAGGCGCCGCUCUAGAAUCUCCCAUAAAUUUCAAUUGGGUUGAGAUCUGGUGACAGAGACGGCCAUGGCAUAUGGUUUACAUCGUUUUCAUGCUCAUCUAACCAUUCAAUGACCACUUGUGGCCUGUGGAUUGGGGCAUUGUCAUCCUGAAAGAGACUACUCCCAUCAGUAUAGAAAUGCUUCACCAUAGGUUGAAGGUGAUCACUCAGAAUGGCUUUGUAUUUAUUAGUGUUUUUGUUUACCUUGCCCUCUUGAGUGGACCUAAACCUUACCAGGAAAAUGAAACCCACACCAUAACAGCUCUCAACUCAAGUAUUUCCUUUAUUUUGGCAGUUACCUGUUCAUAUAUGAAGCUUCUCAGAUUUCGCAUGAAAACUACAUUCUUCAUAGAACCCUCUGUAAAUUGUUCUACUUAGAACCCUCUAUGAAGGUUUAAUCAUAGAACCCUCUAUGAAGGGUUCUACCAAUAACCUUUUUAUCUCUUACAUACAGUAUAUGUAAGAGAUGAAUCCAAUCUGUUAGUAGUUAGACUUAUUUCACCCUUUACUGAGAUGGCUGUUCCAGUUUAGAUGAUUUAGUAGUCUCAUUAAUCAAUCUUUCCUACCCUUUCAGUCAUUCUGAAUGUGGGUUGCAGGACUUGAAUGCCUGAUGUGGCCUGUAAACCAGGAGUUUCAGACUACUGUGUUAGAGUAUAACUAGGCCCUUGAAGAAAGGCCUUUGAUAUAUGUAAUGUAUUGUCAUAAAGAGUUUAAUUUUAAAGGCUAAUAAGGGUGGUUGAACCAUAGGGUUCUAGGAGGAACCCUUCAAAGUUAAAAUAGUUAUUGGUCGAACCGUUCGUAGAAGGGUUCUAGGAAGAACCUUUAGAUGAUUGGUAGAACCAUUUAUAGAGGAUUCUAGGAAGAACCCUUCAUACAGUAGAGGGUUCUAGGUAGAACCCUCUGAAAAGGGUUUACCUAGCACCAAAAAGGGUUCCCCUAUGGAGACAAUCUGAAGAACCCUAUAAAGGUUAAUCCUAUCACUCAAUAUCUCAGGGAUGGAAUGCAUUCAAACAUGUACUCCUGGAAAACCACACUGCUUCUUCCUGAUUCAUGUCAUUUGGUCAAUCAAAAUAAUCAUGUUUUGUACUGUAGGUAGGACCUGCUUUUUCUCUGUGCAGGGACAAUGUUACUUUCUCACAACUGGGAUCUGCCACAGUGUCGUUUUGAAUGAUGUCCGGUUACAUUUUCUAUUAACUUUCAUGAAUAAGACAAUAUAAAUGCUUAUAAAUGUGUAAAAAUGCUUAUAAAUGCUUUAUACAUUAUAAUACAUGUUCCUAAUCUUUAUGAAUGGUAAUGCUUGUAAUGCUUAUGAAUUUAUAAAUAAUUUUUCAUGAAAAUAUUAUGAAGUGUUACCCCAAUCUCCUUCCCUUAAAUGUAAUUGAAUAAACAUUAUAAGAGUAUGUAUAGAGCUUUCUGGUAGUAGCCUAAUAGAACAUGUUUCAAUCUUACAGUAAAGGAAAAGGAGGAUCUCCACCCUGAAGUUGAGUCCCAGGGCAUGAAUGAUGACAUAUUCUGUGAUUACAGG